CAGGAAUAUACUCUCAGUCCAGUCACCUAAUAAAUGGCCAACUGUAACCUAAUAGAGAUUAUUUGGACUCGGUCCAUGAAAAGCAAACUAAAAUAAAGAAAAAAAAACAUAACUUUUCGGUAAGGCUUAUAGACUGCACACAUGCUGGUAUUAUAUAGUUCUGAUAUAUUUUUAAACAGUAACACACGACUGGGUCGUACUGUACAAGUAUACAACCAUAUAAUCAUUUAGAUAAAUUAUAUUAUCUACCUUAGAUAUAGAUGGUUCAAUGAUUGAUAAAACUUGUUUGUGGUAGGAAGUUACCCAUUUAUUUAACGUGCAUACGUUAUACUAUUCUUAUGAGUAAAUGUUGAAGUUAUGUAUAUUUACUUUCAAUACUUUAUUAAACCGUGACGCGUAACAAUUUAAUGAUAACGUAGUUGUCUCGUGGUUUUACUUUUUAUAUUGUAAGAAAUUAAAAAUUAAAAUUACCUAUCUCUUCCUUGAUUUAAUUUAUUUUAUUAAUUAUUAAUAUCUCUGUAUAAAAGAACAAAGAAAAUCGUAAGAUGCAUAAUUUAAUAUUUAUUGGCAGAAUUUUCUGUAAAUAUUUAACUUUCAAUUUGAAACAAUGUUAAGGUAUGUAAAAAUGCGAAACAAUAUAUUAUUCAAGUAUUACAAAAUAUGAAUAUUUCAACUUUGAAAAUAUAAAAUGAUUUAUAAUUUAUUUAUUUUUUUUUUUACAUCGGACGAUGAUCAAACGUAAUACAAGUGAAUAUUGGAGUAUUGCAGGAUAAACAAAUUAUCCGUCGAGGGUUUGUAAUCGAAUUGACGCUUAGUUAUUUCAGUACGGAGGCAAAUAAUUUUGUGACCGUAAAUGUUAUAAUUUGAUUACAAUGUAUAUAAUAUGGAAAUAAUAAAUUAUACUCCGAUCGAUUGAAUAAUGGCAUGACACAUUUAUAUGAGGUUUAUUUUUUUUAGACAUAAAAUAUGGUUUGAGGUUGAUCAAAACACGUUACCAUAGUAACUCUUUCGCACGCAUUCCUGCGCUAUAAUUACUAAUUUUAUAUCGAUUGGACACAUCGCCUAUUCUAUUUGUUCCGAAUCACCCUGCAACGGCGUUUUGUUUUACGCACUUUCAAGGCCAUCGCGAGCUUUAAAACUAUUGUGUUUAUCCAAUAUGUCUAUCAAUUUAUUUGUAAAUAAAAUUGUUAAUUUCCAUAAAUAUUUACCCGAUUAUCAUUUAUCUACUUAUUUUAAUAUUUAACUGUACAGUUACGUCAUACUGUAGGGUAACGUGUGAAUAUGUAAAGUAAAUGUUAACAUAAUGUUUUAAAUUAUUGAAAGUUAUUUAUUCGAUUUGAAUUAUUUUGUUUGCAAAUCCCAUUUAAAUUAAGUUUAGAACCAACGGUACCCAUUACGUGGCCCAUUAAAAAGUUUUGUGUAGUUCGUACUAAAACUAAAUUGUAUAGGUAUUCUAAAAUCGAAAGAGUAAAUAAAAUACUUAUUUUAUAGUUUUCUUAAAUGUUGAUCGUCUAUCAUGACAAAACAUAACAUCGAAGAUGAACAAAUUAUAUCACUAUAUAACUCACAACAUUGGAUUUUUUAAAAAUUACCUCCUUAACUAAAAAAAACCACUAGUCGAAUAUUAAAAAAGCAAUUUUUUAUAAAAAAAACAACUCAUGUUAUGAUUUUAAAAAAUGUAUGUGCAAAUAAUUUUCAAAAUAAAUAUUUAGCCAAGUCUCUGCUUUAGAAGAUGCUCAAUGAUUUUAUAUUAUUUACAUUGUAGAAUUUUUGAUCUAUUUGUUAAGUUAAGGAGAUUAUUUUUUGAUUCUUCUUGUAGUUUUCUUAAUAAAUGGGAAUAACUGGUAAUUUGUAUGAUUAAUUUUUAUUAAUUUCUGGGUUAUCUUGAAUAUAAGAGGGAGGGGAAAUACGACUAAUAAUAUGACUAUAUUCAGAAUCGUUUUUCAUUAAAAAUAGUUUUUCGUUCCCAACAAAUAUAAACUAAAUUGCUUUAUAUAUAUUCUCCCUUAUCACUUCCUUCCUAAAAUAAUGGCAUAUCUAACAGCAAUAUCAGUUAUUUUCUUCCAAUUUUCUCUGACUGAAUCUUUUAUAUGCUAUAAUUUAUUACCUAUAUUACUUUUUAUGCAUUUUUAGUUGAAUGAGCUCGUCAAAGAAAAUUAAUAGAAUCAAUGUCUGGAUGUAUCAGGGUAUCCCGGACGGGAGUCCGAACCGAGAGCAACGGUGUGCAGACCCAUCAACAACAAUACGCGCAAAUAAUUAAGGUACGCAAGUUUUAUUAAUUAAAAAAAAUAAUUAUAAUAAUCCCCAUUGCGGAUAAUAAUUUUCACAAAAUUAUUAUUUAGUCAUUAUUGUUAAUAACGGGAUUCAUCCUACAUAAUUAAUAUUAGAUACGGGUCUGAAGUUGAUAGGAUUAUUAUACGUAUAAUAUAGGUAAAAGAGAAAAUUAUUUAAUCAAAUCGUACACCUAAUUUGCAAAAUCAGUGAACAUAAACUAAAUUAUAGUUAUAUUUAGUUGAAAAAUAAUUAUUUUCAAAUGAAAUAAUGCUAUGAAAACAAAUCCGUAUUAUGCCGUCUGUUCCUUAAUUAUUAAUCUGAUAGCUAAUCAAAUGUCUUCGAGGACAGAUAAUUGAAUGAGUUGUUGUUAAACAGCAAAAUCAGAGCUUUAUAGGUACUAUAUUAUUGUAUUUUUUAUCACUGUUUUUAUUAUCUAAUAUUCGUAUUAUUUACUAAUCGGAUGGUUAUUUAAAUGCGUAUAAUAAUGCCUGUCCAUUAACAACGUUCCAUCUGGUGAAAAAGCUACUCCGUUGGACAAAUGGACACUCUGUCAAUCUAAUCGUCAAAAUGGUUAAUUAUCAGCUGAUUCCUAAAUCGCGAUUUAAGGAACAAAAAUUACCGUCCAAGUAAUUAAGGAACAAGUGAAAAAUGUUUUUUGUGUAAAUAUAUACUGUUGUUCGUGAGAAGUUGGGAAGGUAGGAUAUAGAGGGGAUUUUAAUGUAUAUCUGUACACAAAGAUUAAUCAUUGCUAACGAAAAACUAUUCUGAGCGGAGUUCGGUUAUACUUUUUUAAAAAGCCGUAAUAUUUACGAUUUGAUAAUAAUGAAUUUCGUACAUUUUCCCGUUUUUUCCAUUUAUUGGAAAAACUCUCAGGAAAAUCAAAAAUAACCUUUGAAAAUCGGAGCAAAAUUGCUGGUAAAAAAGUUAUCCACAGAAAAAGAAAAAACAUCAUUGAAAAACCAAUACAUUCCUUGCUCCACUCAGAAUCUAAAAUUGCGUCAGUGAUAUGAAUUAUCUUUUUUGUUUUUAUUACUUCACGAAAACCACCAAGUUUAAAGUAUUUGAAUCCGUUAUCCGUUUAUCAAAUAUUCCACCCCUUAGAAAAUAUUUAAAUGCCUCCCAGACAUAAAUUUUAAGUAAGUACAGUCCGUCCAUAAAAUAUGAAUUAUGUACUUAUUUCGUGUGGAGAAUUAAGCAGGAAAAAAAAGUGAUUUUGUUUGAUAUACGGGUAAUUGAAUAAUUAGUGUUUUUGAAACGAUAGUACCUAUUUACUAUAUUCUGUGCUGUAAAAUAAUUGGUUUUGUUCAGAACAACAUGGUAUUAGUAACUGUUGAAAAAUAUGAAACAUUUUAAAAAUGUUAUUUAUACUAAGAUACUCGCUACAGUUACAUAAUAUUUAAUUUUAUAUUGCGAUAGCUUUUUAUAAUUAAAAUAUAAUAUGUAAACAUUUAGGCGUUACUAAUUUAUUUAAAUUUAGUGUAUGGCUUUUGUCGUAAAUUAUUAAUUAUUUAUAAUUAUUAUACUCGUAUAAUAACAAUAUUAUUAUGCAGGUACCUACAAAAAUAACACAAAAGUAUAAUAAGGCGUGUAAUUCACGUCACAUUAUUUUGCGAUUAAAUAAAUAAAUAACGGACGCCCGGAGCGGUCGAGGGUAGACCACUAAAAUAACUCACCGGAUGCAUUGUAGUCGACCUAACAAAACAUUACUUGUUAGGUAUUUUAAACGCGAUGUUCAAAACUUUAUAACAUUUUAAACGCCGCCGUUUCGUUUACGACGUUAUUGUUUUAUAGGUAUACGGUUUUUUGAAACUCGGAAUCGCUUCGUGUUAUUUAUACUAACCAAUAAUUUAUAAUUUAAAUUGUACGCGAUGAAAAUAAUCGAUACCGAGCGUAGUUCUUAUAUUUUGUUCGUGUAUUUUUUUUUUUCUUUAAUUUUAUCAUUAUUGUUAUUAUUGCUAUAAUUUUCUUUUAAUUAUACACGCCGCUCGUUACUUUUGAAACUUUUAGUCAGGCGGAAUUUACGGGAAGUAAAGUAUAGUAUAUAUAGUGUCUAAAAACACAGCGGCGUUUCCCGGGUUUUAGCGAUUAACGGCCUCGUUUAGACAUUAAUUACAGCGAAAACUUACAUUAUUUAUGGCCCAAAAUACCAAAAACGGUCUUCAUAAUUAAGGCUUUUGCUGAAAUGUAUUAUAGCAGUAAGUAUCCUUUUCACCCAAUUAAAAUUGUCUGAUAUCCCUUAUGCGUAGGUGCGAUAAAAAUAAUUGUAUAAUAAAUCUUCUAUUGCAACGGACACCUGAUGCACGUUCACGUAAUAUUAUAAUAAUAAUAACAAUAAUAUCAUUUUUACACAAACAAAAUUAAUUUUAUUAUUAUACUUAAUUUAAAUGUGUUUAUAAGUUAGACAAAUUAUGCGUAAUAUCGUUUUGUUGGUUUAAAAUUAACACAAACGAAGUUUGUUCACGCUAUACUGUGCACUAAAGUCCAUCGUUUUAUACCGUGUAUGUUUAAUCGUUGAUUAAUAAUUAAUGUUAAAUAAUUUUGUAUAUAUUUCAGGUGUACACGGACUGGGCGAAUCAUUACUUAGAUAAAGCCAAAUCAAAGAAGAACAUUAAAGAUUUGCAAUCGGACUUGGCUGACGGUGUACUGCUGUCGGAUCUUGUGGAGACAAUCUGUGAGUGAAUUCGAUAUCGAUAAAAUAAAAUACAUAUUGUACACUCGUAAUAACUGAUGGCGAUUAGGUGUUCAUUAAAAUUUAUUUUAAUUAAUCCUAUCUAAUUAUUGUACAGUUUCUAUUCGAAUUUGCGUUUAGGUUUAUGAAGUUACUAUAUGAAUUAUCAUAAUAUUAUUAUGUAAGACAAGUGUACCUGUAAACAUGUAUUUACUAUAGGUAAACAGGUACUAUAAAAUAUGAAACAGAUAAAAAAAAAAAUAAACACAUAUUAUAUCUAUAUAUAUAUGUACAUACAUGUUCAAUACCGAUAAGCUUUAUACUACAAUAUUAUGUUAUAAAAUAUUGUAGUUUGUUAUAAUAUUAAGUUAUAAUACGCAUUUAUACGAUUUGCUUAUAAUAUUACAUUGCAUACCAAAAAUUAUAAAAAAAAAAAAAUAUCUAAACGUUACGUAGGUAUUAGGUAGUAUUAUUAAAAUAUCAUAAAAAUAAUCAUCACGGUUUAGUUUUUUAUAUCUUAUAUUUAUAUAUAUUAUAUGUAUUUAUACACAAUAGCGAGUUUACGGGUUACCUAUACAUAAGCUUAAAAAAUCACGAAGAAAAUAAAGUCGAAAAUAUAAUACACACCGUACGUAAUAAGUAUAAAAUACAUACGUAUUCGUACGAAACCCAUUCCAGUUCGACACAAAUAUAAUUUAAAAAAAAAAAUUAAGAAAAAAACAGAUUCUGUCGAUGACUGUGCCACUAUUGUAGGUGAGAAGUUGGGAAGGUAAAACAGUAAAUACAUGGAGUUAUUUAAUUUAUCUCCGUACGCGACGAUAUACCAUCGAAGUUUUGUUAAAACAUAUUUUUAAACGCCGUGAUGAUUACGAUUUUGGUCGAAAUUUUAGCUUUAGAAAGCGUAUACAAAAAACUACUACCUACGUUGCGCUCAACAUUUUUUUUUUUCUUUUUCUUUAUCGUGCAAAAUAAUCAGACAAAACAAUAUUGUGUUCGCGUAAAACCGAAUAAAACUCGUAAAACCGCGAAAAUAGCAAAUGGCAUUAUUAAAUAACUCGAAAAUCGCCAGAAUGCUCUGAAAAGGCUAAAAUAAAUACUCGGGUGAAAUUGCAGGUCCCUUCGAUGAUUCUUAACCGGAUUUCAACCGGAAAAAAAAAAACAAACAUAAUUGAAUGUAACGAAACCGUUAGGUGUUAUCAUUAUUGCUUCGGACCGAUUCGAAUGAAUCCGUUAUGUUGCGAAUAAUAGAAUAUAAAUAACAAUAAACGUAAAUAAAUGUAUCAACACAUAAAUGCGUAAUAUGUAUUGGGCGUACGAAACCCCGUUUUCUCGUUCAAUGUUUCACGGGGAAUAUUCUAUAGCCGAUUCGUUUUGUCGCACACACGUGGCGAUGAUGACGACGUACCCGUCAAAUUAUAAUUACAAUAACGCGCUUGUUAUCGGCGUCUUGACGCAGAUAAUAAAAAUUUAAAUUUCCUUCGUUUUUUUUUUUUUUUUUUUUAUAUAUAUAUUUUAUUGCUUUUCCGGCGAAAACUAAGAGCCCCAGCCGAACCGCCGGGUAUCUUAUUAAUUUGAAAAAAAAAAAUAAAACCGUAUAUACCGCGGGGGUCGAGGAACUCAAAUGCAAUAUAAAUUCGAUCUGGUAGUGCAUACAUUUUUUUUUUUAUUAUUACGCCUUAUAUUUAUGUACAAUAAUAAUAUACAAAAUGUAUACAGUGAUCAACAAUUUUGACUCGAGUGCAGCUACGUACGUUGGCACCGUGACAGGUUUCUCGCGUUCGGUUUUACGACACGCCGUCGCCGCAGGACUGCGCGGAAAUCCCGAAAAACCAUAUAAGAAAAAAAAAAAAACUUAUAAUAUAUCGUUUCGGUUUUUUACGUGUUUUUCAGGCAAUCAUCGGUUGCCAGACGUGAACAGAAAACCGAGAACCCAUUUACAGAUGGUGAGUACUAUAUUACGGUUAAUACCUUCUAGUUUAUAUCACAUAGUAACAAAUAUACGUGUAUACUGUACGCGGUAACGCGGGGAUGUGUAUGGUAAAAAAAUCGUUAAUGAUUAUGGUAAAUUAAAAAAAAUGUAAAAAAAAUAAAAAUAAUGCAGAUUGCUUUUGCGUCUCUUAUCGACCGCGCAGUCGUAAACUCGGUAUUGAGAAAAAAUAAUGUACGUUUCAAUAACGACUAGAGUAUAGUAUAUUAUUAUUGUUAUUAUACAAAUUACGCACGCUGCCGACUCGAGUUAAACGGCGUAACACACUUAUCGAGACAAUGUAUACAGGGUGAUUAUUUUAUCUGUCGUAUACGUACGGAGAUUUGAUUUCCGUUUGAUUUUCAGACACAUCUUGUAGCGGUUCUCGAAUCGUGCUCCGCGGAGACGCAAGUACACGUCUGAAUUAAUUUCAACGUAUUUCGUUUUCUUCACUGACCACUCGUUUGAUUUCCAUACGGGGCUUACUGCAGUUGCCGCUACUAAUUGAAUUUGAACCUAGUCCGUUUCUCGACGUGACACAGUUAGUUACGAACCGUAACUCCCGUUCGUAAAUAAAAUAAACCGAAAUCCAACAAAUGGCAGGACUUUUCCAAUAAUGUCCAACAAACCGGAACGGUUCAGAUUUUGGCGGUUUUCGACGUUUUUUUUCAAAAAAAAAAGUUGGCCGCCGACUUUGUAUGAACAUUUUUCGCAAAUACUUAUAAAAUAAUAUUUGCCUGGAUCCGCUACUGGCAAAAACUCCUAUAAUAGAUAUCGCAAUUGUUGCCAGUUUUCAAAUAUCAUGCAUUUUUAAACGCCGAUUCGAGAUGAUAAUCGUAAUUAAAAAGAAAUGUGUAUACGUGCAUAUUCGAUUUGCAUGAAUAUAAAACGCUUCUUUAAUAAUUAAAUUUUAUAUUAUUAUAUUAUACAUCGUAGUUGAAAAAAAAACGCGCGAAUAUCGGGGUUAAUUGAACAUGCGAAAAGGAUUGGUGAAAUAUUGAAAAUAUCGUAAGUUUAGAUCCUAUAAUAAUGUACAAACGACGGUAGGCUGUGCUGUGUGCUAUCUAAGCAAACUUUCCAGUUACCGUGCCCUGUCUACGUGAAAAACCAUGCCUAUCGUUUUAAAUCCGUUAACAUUUUUAUCAAAAGAUUGUUCAAAGUUGUUUGUUAUCUACGGUUUACAUAACCGCAUGUCCGAAAUACUUCACUACUAGAAUUCAUUUUUUUCGGCAAUACUUUCGCUGUACAUGGUAUCACGCCAUCACUUUGGUUUUAAAAACACACCAACGUCUAUAGAUAAAUCGCCGAACAGUAUUAAUUUUUUUUUUAAAAAACUAACCACUACGAUAACUGAACAAGCGACUCACACGACUAUGUUCUGAUAAUACAGUACCCAUAAUCCGAUACGUAUAAUACCGAUAAUCUAGUACCUAUACGCCGAGCGUCGGCCAUAAAAAUCAAACUAUAAAAUCAUUUCUGAAUAGAUUUACUGUGUAUGUGUGUGUGUGACUUAACGGCGUGCCCAGGGGGGGAGAGGUUAGGGGUUAUACCCCCCCCCAUUGGCAUACAACAAAAUAUGAUCAAUCUAAUAUCGAAACUCAUAAAUUCCAGACGAUUUCUGCACGCCACUGUGACUUUCAAUAAUCGGGUGUUUCGCAAUUAUUUAUCAUGCGAUUACGUUAGAUACGAUAAUAUCGGUGUAGAUGUCGCGACACCGAUGUUUAAUGGCAACGGUGUACAGAUGAAAUUUCUCGUGCAGAUGUGCGGCCAUGCACAGCGCCACUAUUAAAUCAGCGGCGAUCCAGACAUUUUUUUUAAAGGGGGUGGGGCACAUUAUUUAUAUUUUCAGUAAAUUAACUAUGAAUAAUAUAUCAAACCAAUAUGAAAUAUGUAAAUCAAAACUGUAGUCCGUUGGCAGGGGGGCGCGUGCCCCUCUGCUCACCCCUGGAUCCGCCACCGAAAAACCGAAAUCGCAUAUUAUUACCUAUCUACUGUGCCGAAUAUUAUGACGAUCGCGCACGCAAAUACACCGGCGUGCGUUACAAUAGUAUUAUCGUCGAAAACCGCUGCGGGUCAUAAUAAUUGCAAUCGCCCUGUAUACGCACGUACGCGGCGAUCAGCUGACGAUAAAAAUAACACAAGUCCCGCGCUUCCCGAAAACCAGUUCCGGGCCCGCUUCUCGAUCUGACCUACAAAAAUCUUCGGCGCGCGCGCGCGCGAGCGUUUUGUUUAUACGCGCGCGCGGCACAGCGAUAAACACGCGCGCGCGUACGCAUACAGGAUACGGACGAAUAGGCGCGCAGAACGGAGUCGCCGAGAGUCGUCCACCUAUAUACCUAUAUAUUUUAUGAUAAUAACACGGCGUGGUACAUUUAUAAUAACACUUCUGGGUGCCGUUUUUGAAGGUUAAACGAGCGGAGAAGUUUGUACGCACUGCAUUGUAGUUAUUGUAAUAUCGGUUUACGGCGGUCCCCGCGAUCCGUCUGACCUCCUAUACGCCGAUCCGCCGGCGGCGGUAAACGAUACGCACGAGUAUCCGAUGUAUUCGGUCCGUAAAGAAAGCUGCUGACCGGGUGCCGCCGCCGCCGGUGCCGUAACGCUGCCCGCGCGACGUCACCGCUUCGUGUGAACAUCGGCCGAAACGGCCCGCGGCUGUCCCGAUAACGGAAGUCGCAAGACCUGUCCCAAUAAUACGUCGGGUUCGUGACACGCCGCUACGCGACCGCCACGGCUGCGCUCGUGUUGUACAUCCGUAAUCGUAAUAAUUAUAAUAAUAACCGAAUUAUAUUUUCCGCGAGUCUGCUGCGCAAGUAUUGCGCCUACCGAAUUGUGUUUGUACACACGAUUGUUGUUAUUAGUAAAUUAAUAUCAGGCGGGAAAUUCGCGAGUUCUCGUCGUCGUCGCCGGACUACUCGUUCGUGAUUCACCGUAAUCGAAUACAACAUCGACAGGGUGUGCGCCCCGCGUGCUACCCGACGACGCGCCGGUGACAUUCGUCGCGGCGGCACGUUUAGGAUUUCAUUCGGGGCGCCGCGGAGACGUUGACAAACGGGGUAGUUGGACCGCACUACCAGGGGCCCGUAAAAAUGUGUGUGGUCGACAAUCGCGGUUUUUUUUUUUUUCGACUUUUCAUCGAGGGCCACAUUCGAUGACAAUAACAUGAUGACCUCUUUUAUUUUGCUCGGUAAUCGGAUUUUUCGGUCUUCUAAGGUCCCGGUAUAACAUUCGUCUCCCGGGAUUAAAGUUACGCCACUGAUUUGGUUUGAGCGGUUGGCGGGAGGGGGAAGGAGGAUAAACAUCGGUGAACUAUGUUGUUGGUCACUAUUUCAUUGCUACCACUGCAUCCACCCUCCCCCAUUUGCAAACAAACGAUAUCAACGGAUGAAAAACCUAAUGAUUAUAGACAUGUAGGUGUAAUCGAAUAUCCCCGAUUAUGUACAACAUAAAAUCGAAUUUUCCGUUCUUUACCGACGAGAUAAAAAAAAAUAAAAUGAAUAGUAUUAAAGGAACCCGAUAUUUUUAUUUUUUUAUUUUUUUUUUUUUUUUUUUUUUUUUUUUUUUAGGGAAGAUCUAUGUGUCACACAUACGAACUAUCUAAUUCUAACCGUAUAAGAUUAUACAGUUAUACGUUUUCGAUGCGUAAAACCGUAUGGACUACAGGCGAUACGGUAUUAUAACACUGACCUAGGCCGCAACGAAACGGUCGAAUGUAAAUAAAUCAUCUUCUUUGGACGUUCGAUUUGCACGUGUAUGAAAUGCAAUUUAUAAUUCAAGCGCGCGCAUACAAAUUGAUCAUAUUAAUUACCUGCGUGUAUACAGUGGCCCGCACUUCCGGAUAGUUUCGUGCAGCCGUCGGUAGUUUUCGACAGUUUAGACGGAGCAUCGAACAUUUUUUUUUUUUUUCCGCGAUCGAAUUCCAUACCGUGUUCGAAUAUAGUUUACGACCCGCCGGGCGGUUCGACGCGGCCACUGUUCGAUCGCGUCCAUCUGCACUGCGAUUAACCGGCGGCCGAUACACCGAUAUCCGUUCGUACGAGAGCGUAUCGCAUUGUUAAAUGUACGAAACUCAAAUAUGCUCAAUAUGAUCGGUACAAUUAUUGGGCGUACAUCAGGUAGGCUGCGUGGGUAUUAUGCGCUGUCGACGUCGUUGGAAAACGUCUCUAUCGGUUUCGAAAAAUCGAUAGAGACACGUACCUAUUUUAAUAUGUCCGCGAUGUAUGGUAAUAAAAAAAAAAAAAAAAAAAAAAAAAAAUUAAAACAAAAGUUCGUAACGGUCAAUCGAUAAAUGACGUUAUUAUCCCUUAUAAGUGGCCACGCGAAACGGUUAUAACAGAAAAGGAACGAAAAAAAAAAAAUAAAAAACAAAAAACAAUAAUAAUAAUAAUAGUGGGUGCUGCCGUACGAUUAUGUUGUCGGUGUCGGUGUCGCGGUCUACACGCACCACGAGCGCAGCGUGGAGAAACAGUGUGCCGUGAACUGUACCAGCGGACAGACCGGUUCUCGUUUCGGUGUUGAACACGGGAAAUUAUCGUAAAAUCGCGCGCCGUCCGUAAAUUUUAUUUCCAAAUAUUUUUUUUUUAAAAAAACAUUUUCCGUCGACAAUAUUACGCCGGACGUUCCGCAAACGAUAUUCGUUGAAAAAUACCGCGUUUAAUUCCGGAUUAAAUAACAAUAGUGAUAUGAACGGCGUUUAGUGUGCUACGAAAAACGAUCAGCUCGCCCACAGUCCGGAGUACCGUAAGUGUCAAUAACAAAUAAUCGUAGUUCGUAGCGUUUUUAACUCCCCGCGCAAUUUUCGGUCCCGGCGAAGAAGUGUUCCUGUUAAUUUUUGGCAUUUUUUCUUGUUUGUGUUUUUUAAUUUCGGUUUUUUUUUUUUUUCUGUCCGAUUUAUUUUUCGGUUUGAAUCGCAUAAAUGGGUAUAUUUUCAAACUUAGUGUACAUUAAUGUAUUGUUUUAUGUGCAAGUGAAAAUGUAGUUUCAAAAUGUAAUUUGAUUGUAAUGAAAGCUAUAAACAAAAACGACAAACCCUUUUUCUCCGGGACGAAAGAUAUAAAUCCUAUUGUAAAUACAGUUUUGUAUUUAUAUAUGCAUACGUAUUAUAUUAUGAGUUAACGGAAUAUUUUUUUUUCUUAUCGUUAUAAUAUUUAUUUUUUCAAAUUUUACUAUUAGAACCUGCACAGGCAGGUAUAUUCAAUCUGUUCAACGCGCAUUACAAAAAAAAAAAUGUCAUCGAAAUAAUUCGGUAGGUAGGUAGUUAUAACAAUAGUUAGUUAGUUAGUUAUAAUAUAACCUGUAUAAUAAAGUGUAUUCAAAAAAGGAAAACGCCUAAUAUAAUUUAAAUGUACGAAAAUUAAAUGCCUAAUGUAUUAUUUUUUUAUAAUCUGCGAAAAAAUCGAUUUUAAAGAACGAUUAGCAAUAUUUUCUCGGUUGAAUUAAACAAUUUAAUUAUAUUCUUACGAUAUUAUUAUAUUUUAAUUCUUUGGAUUCGAGAUAAUUGUACGGAAAUAUUUUAAUUUAUUAAGUAUUUCAAAACCAUUUACGUGUGUCUAAAGUUUUACUAUUUGACUACAUAUAUACACGUAUUUUUGGUACUAGGAAAAAAUUAAUAGUUUGAUCCAAUUUUUGCCUUUUUAUUUUUUAGUUCAAAUUGCAUAAGUGUAUUCAGUUUCUAUCGAAAUUGAAUUUGAUUGUACUUACUGAAAACUAUACAAAAUUGUCUCAAGCCCUUCUUUUUUGGGAUCAUCAUAUAUUAUACACGAGUAUUGUGCAUAUUAUAUUCCGGAUUCGUUUAUAUUACAAAUGGUUUUAUAUUCAUAAAUUAACUAUACUUAUACGUCUUAUUACUUAUAUUAUACUAAUACUAUUUACUAUUAAACUAUUUUUUUUUUUUUUUAUAAUCCAUUUAACUUACUUUACUCUUAAUAACUUUUACCUUGAUUUUAGAUUUAUAAAAAAAAAAAAAAACUAUCAUUUAUUUUGUAUGCAAUAUUACACAAUAAAACUUACUACUAAAUAAAUAAAUAAUCGUUUAAAUACCUUUUAACGUAGAAAAAAAAACAUAAAUAAUAUACCACUAGUAUUAAUAAUUAUUAUAGUAGAAAUUUUACGGUUUAAAAAAGUGUAUCAAUGAAACUAUGAAAGAAUAGUAAUGCGUAUCUAUAUAAUAUAAGAAUAUUGAAGGAUGACAUUAAAAAAAAAAAACCGAUUAGAGUAUAACGAGUGUAAUAAACAGCGUGUGUGCGAUUAUUCUGUCGUCGUUAAAAAAAUUAAUAUUAAUAAUAUUUACAUUUUUAUAUUGAAAUAUUGGUUUUCCUUUAUGUAAUAUAGAUGUUUGUUAUAUUAUUAUAUAUUAUAUCUACUUCAUUUAUCGAAUAUUGUUUAAGAAUUUAUAAAAGCACAAUUAACGUUCGAUUACGUUACUUACGUUUUACAGAAUAAUAUCUUUGGCCCCGAAGAAGAACUCGAGUCAAUUGUGUAUACGUGAAACGUGAAUGCAUUUUAAUAAAUGAAAAUUAAAUUUUAAGAAUUGCUAAAUGACAAAAUGACAUAAUUGAUAUAGGGCUAAAUUGCUAUGUUAAAUGGCCUACGUAUGGCCACUCUAAAUGGCUAUUAUAUGAUUUUUGCCUUUUUUCCAAACAAAAAGUACUCACAUAGUUACUUAGGACAUUCUAAUUUUCAGUGUAACUCGUAUAAAAAUAUACAACCACUUAUAUAAUUUAAGUAAUGGGAAACAAAUUACAUAAGACAAAAUGAUAAAUCAAAAAUGCCAAAAAUGUAUUUCUUCUCUGGGACCAAAGAUAUAAAUUAUUUUAAAAUUAAGUGAUAACGAGAUUAAUAAUUUGAUAUUAUUUAUUGAGUUAAAACUGGAAUUUUUUUUUUUUAAUAUUUCCUAUAUUUUUUAAACUGUUUGCAUAAGUAAUAUAUUAUUUUGUUUAUUAUUGUUUAAAAACUAGUAGCUAUUUCGAUAUUGAAUUAGUUUUUAAUUUGACCAGUAAUCUGUUACCAUAUGUGCAGUAGGUAUAAUAUUAAAAUUGUGCAUUAUCGUUGUAAAAGUGUUUGAAGACAAAAACUAUGUGCAUCUUAGUUAGAACAUUUAUAACAUUUUCUGUUUAUUAUCUAUUCAAAUUUAAUUCAUUUACUUCUAUUUUAUGCGCAAAUAAUUAAGAUACCGGACUGUUUUUUUUUUUUUUUUUUAUAAAAAAAAGAAAUACAAUAUUAAAUAGAUCAUUUACUCAUAACAUAGAACGACACCGUCACUACAUUGUCCAGACGUUUUUUAAUUACGUGCGUAUACAAAUUAAAUUAUAUAAAUAAGCGCGUAUAUAUUAUUUACAUUUUGUUUUUUCGACCGUGCUUUUUAUGUCAACUUAAACACGAUAUUCCGUUGUGGCUGCUCCGCAAUGUUUAAUAAAAAUUUGCACUCGCGAAGGCCAGCGCAGCGCAAAACUAUGUACUCUUAACUUUUUUUUUAUUAUUAUUUUUUUAUUAGACGGGAUUCUUUAAACUUAUAUUAAAUAAUGUAUCUAAACAACGGUUUUUUUAGUUACCGAAUAAAUACGAAUCGUCACGUAUCUCAAACGGAAUGAAAACCUGUGACUCUCGGCCAUUAACGGAAAAAGAGAGAGAGAACGAUAUAUAAUUGUCAAUUUUGUCACGGAUAACCUUGGUAUUUAUUUUUAUGCGGUCCACAUCAUUGUAGUCUGGUUCUCAUCUCGGGAAAAGAAGAAGAAGGAAAAAAGAUCUUUUUUUUAUUUAUUUCGAGUCUUAAAAAUGCGAAAACAAUAUUAAGCACUAUAUAGUUAAUGUAAAAAUCAUCAUGCACAAAACGUUUCAAAAUAUUACAUCGGUAACGGUACAUAAUAUUUAUCCGUUAUAUAUACCGGCGUAUAUUAUAUAAUUUAAAAAACAGCCACGCAGGAGUAAAAUUUACAAAAAAUUAAAAAAAAAAAAAAACACCGAAAAUAUUGUAGUAUACAGUAUCUAUAUUGCUGUAUGCGUAAUAAUCGACUAUACUAUAUUUUUUCUUUUUUUUUAUCUAUAAUAUACAUUUUUUUAUUAUGAAACUGGCCUAGUGUCUGCUCAAAAACAUGCGUUACGGAAAAAACUCUCGUAGAGUAGUUCGAUUUCGAUGAUUAUUUUUGGUUGAAAAAGAGAGACUUAAUAAUAAAGAUCGUGUUGAACUCCAUUUUUUAGUAUUUAUAAUAUAUUAUAUACAUUUUUAUAAUACGUCUUAAAAAUAUAAAUUGUUAACCUUUUUUUAAUACCAUUAUUUUAAAUCGAAUGAAAAAUCGGACUUCAAUGUAGUUUGUAAAAUUUUGGUGUUUAUCAAUUUAAAAAAAAUAUUGAUAGGAAGUAUUAUGAUGACAAUUAGUACAUGUUCCCUAUUCCGGCAAAAUAAUUUCCUUCCGUAAAAACGACCUUGCCCCUCCCCCUAAAUAGGUAUUGGGUAGUAGAUUAAUUGGCAAGUCUUAUACUUGAGGUGGUCACUAAAAUUAUAUUAAUAAUUUUAUAAUUUUCCAAAAUUAGAAAAAAUGUGUAAGACUGGCCCUUAAGAGAACGCUAUAUAUGUUUUAUUUUUUUUUUCACAUUUUUUGUCAAAUGAGUCUUACAAACGUACACAAUAGCAAAAUAUUCAGCAUAACUAAUUUUGGGCUGUUAGUUUAUUAUUAUUACAAAUUGAAAUAUUAUCGAAUUAAAGAGGAGUAUAUUAUCUGUGUUUGUAAGUUCGUUUUUUUUUUCGUUAUUUUAAUUUUUAAGCGAGACACGAGUAUGCGAAAUAUCAAAAUUUAAAAAGUCUUAUAUAUAGGUAUGUCUAUAUGUAUUAUAUCUUAUCGACACUCCUCUUAAAAAUUAAAACGUCGACAAAAAUUAAACAAAAUAUAAACACAGAUAAUAAUAUUCUUACCUUUAAUUUUGAUAGUAACCCAAUUCACUUAAAUAUUAAAAUUAUAUUUUUGCUAAAUGCUACGCUGCGAUGCGUUUGUACGACUAAGGCAACGAAUACAUGUAUUGUGUAGCGUCCUCUUAUAAUGUUAAUAUGGAAUUUCGUAAAAACAUUGUGUUCAAUAUAAAUGACGAUAAGUAGAUAAGUGACUGAUAACUCAAACUUACUUAUUGAAAACUCAAAUUAUAUUAUCAACAGGCAACAGUCGCACUAUUAUAGGUAUUUUAUUUCAAAUAGGAAUUUUUUAGCAAGAAUAAACUCCCCCUUAUAAAGUUAUUAAAAAAUGUGAAUGUUUCAAAUAUAAUUAAUCUAAUAUGAUAAAUUGUUGAAUCGCAAAAAAGUUAAACUAGUUACGAUGGUGAUAUGUGUCAUAUUCAAUACUGCGCAACAGUGGUGAACAAAUGAAGGAGUUUUGGGGCUAAAAACCCCUCCGAAAAAACCCUUUAACUAACCUUUAAUUUGUAUUUUAAUUUUAAAAACACAAAGGUCGAAUGUGAUAGAUAUUUUUUGUGACUUCCCUGACAUUCCCCCCCCCCUCGCCGCUGUGCAAACAAAAAUCUAAUGCUUAAAACGAAUUAUCGUACAAAAUUAUUAUAUUAUAAUCAUAUGGAAAUGUAUUUUGUUUUUUUUUUUGUUUAAACACUUAUAAAUCCCAUACGCAAAAUGCAAAACACCAUAAAUAUUUUGUCGGAUGGAUAAUUCGAGAUUAAAAUAAAAAUAAUAUUUAAAAAUCAAUAAUAUACAACUAAUCCUAUAAAAUAGUAUAUAUGAUACAUAGCAUCAAUGUAUUUUGUACAAAAAAUAUUUUAAAUAUUUGUUCGAGUAAAUAAAAAUGGCCACCUACAUUAUUAUACACGUUUCAUUUUUUUUUAAACACUAUAAUUGUGUAAGUUUAUUAUUGAGUUUAUUUAUGUUUCCAAAAUUUCGCCAACAUAACGAAUGUAGGAAGUCGAUAAUAAAAUUUAUCGAGUAGGUAUCGAAUUUUUGCAACAUAAUAAUCAUAAUCAUAAUAAAAUGGAUUAAACUAUUUGGUUUAAAACGUUAACGGUCGUUUUUAAAUCAGUAAACUGAUACAUACGUUGUAUUUUUAUUUUCUAGUUGAAAAACUACACCUAUAUAAUAGAAAAUAGACUUCUAACAUUGUCGUGCGCGUUAAUAAUUUAAAUAAAUAGCAUGCGGUUUAGGUGUACCUAUCUAAAGACCACCUACUGUUUAUAUAGGUACGUAACGGUUUAAAGUCAAGUUGAUAAAAAACAUAUUGUUACUAUAAUAAAUUUAAUAGUAGAUAAGAAAGUUUACCAUUCUGUUAAUUAAACUCGACGGUUAACAAAAUGCCACUCCGUGGAAGUAGUUAAAUAACGUUUUCCAAAAUUUGUUUUUAUUAUUAUUAUCACCCCGUUAUAUUAUAAUAUUCCGCGUUAUUCAUUAAUUUUAUUUUCGUGUUAUUCAUAAUAUUUUUGUAAAGAUUAAUUUACGUACUUAUCGUUUUAUAUUCAAUUUAUUUAUGUCAUGUAUACCGUUUAAGAUUUGUAUCGCUUUACCAAAUCCGAUUUUUCUUUCUACAUAAUAUAAAAUAAUGCGAUAUAUAGUUCAUAUGCGUAGCUCAAAACUGAAUUUCACUUUUACUCCGAACAAAAGAAGUACAAUACAGUAGUGCUUGAGCAAUACCUAAACCUAUAUAUACCUAAUGAAAAUACCUAUAAUAAUAUUUGCAAUAGUUUCAAAAAAAAAAAAAAACAACUUCGUAAAAAUUACACCAUAUUAUUAUGAACGUAUAAUGCAUGUUGCUUAACGCGUUCAAGACUCGAUACGUAUAAGUCGCGUAAGUAUAGGUAAUGUACCUAACUAUUAAAUGAAGCAUAAUGAAUAACGAUAUAUACAUAUUCAAAUGUAAAAUAUAGAAAAUACGUAAACGAUUCCUAGGGUAAAAUGAGCAGAAUAAUAUAAUACACCACAAUAUAUAGAUGGACAAGCGAUUGUUUUACGGCGGUCCAGUGACCUAUAACCUUAAAAUCUUUCCCGCUGGUCGUGCAUAAGAGGUCGUUGCUGCCAAAGCAUAAUAGUAUUAUACAAUACAUUUUUUUUCUUCUAUUUUACGGGGUUUUUUUUUCUUUUCUAGGUGCCUUUUGUUUGUCCGAGAAAUAUAAUAAUAAUAACAACUAUAAGGGCAAAGUUUGUACAUUAUACUAUCUUAAAUGUAGAAAAUCGCUAAGCACGUGUAUGUUCGUGAACGAAUAAUACCCAGUUUGCAAUUAAAUUUUAACAAAAUAGCAAACUAUAAAUAAAAUAUUAAUAAAUACAAAUUUAACGAAUCGACAGUUUCAAUAUAAUAUUAUCAGGACAUCGUAUAUAUAUACACAGUGUGAUUCUUUUAUCGUUGAACACGUAUAAUUUCGCAAAAUAUUGAUUUUUUCAAAACAAUGUUUUAGGCAAUUUAAGAAACAAGCAGAUAUAAAAUGUUACACUUUCACUAUUUUUUGUCACACUUUUUUUCGGGGAUCAAACGACUACCUACUUUUAAUGGUAACCUACAUUAAAAGUUUCGUAAAUUGAUUAAAUACCUAUUAGUUUCAAUAAAAUCAUGCGUUGAAAUUUUUGAUUUCCGUCAAUCCAUUUAUGAGAUAUUCUACUUCUAAGUUUAGAUGGGAGGAGAGUAGUGGAAUGCUAUUCAAACUCCAUGCGCCGUAUCGCCACACAAAUAAUACUCCGCUAAUUUCCUCCCAAUCAAGCUUAAAAUUGAAAUAUCGCGUGAAUGGGUUGACGGAAAUCAAACAUUUCAACACCAGAAUAUUUAUUUUACUUUACAAAUAUAUGGUACAAUUAAUGUAGGUUGCCGUUUAAAAAUCAAAAGUUGAUAGUUGUUUCACAAAAAUAAUAGAAAUGUAACAUUUUAGAGCUGCUUGUUUUUUAAAUUUUCAAACAAAUUUGUAUUGAUCAAAGUAAAUACUUUGCGAAAUAAUGAGUGACCAACGAAAAAAUAAUCACGCUGUAUAUAUACACGUCUCACGCCAAUCGGCAAUACUUUUAUGUACUACUAUUAGUUGUUUGAAUUAUGCUUAAAAAUGAAUACUAUACUCUUUGCAGUUUUAAUUAAAACAUUAUGAAGUGCAUGCCUAUACGGUUUAUUACGCGGCCGAAAACCGAAACGUUAUACAAACGUUUAGAGAAUAUUCGUUCGCCACAUAUACACUGAAUUAAAUGGUAUACCUACGUAAAAGUAAAAUUUUUUGAAACGAGAGAAAUUGAAUAUCACAGCGCGUAAUUUAUCCAUCGUUCGUGUCGAUAAUAAAUCGUUAACGUAAUAAACUUCAAUGGCAGCAACUCGCGAGCCUUAAAAGCUCAGAUCAGGCAAAUAUUUUGAAAACUAAAUAGGUAGGGGGGUUCUAAUGUGCACGAAAAGACUAAUAAAAUGUAUUGUUAGAAAUUUGAUCAUAAAUCAGAAGUUUUAUAUUAGACGUAUAACACGAGAUGAUGCUAUCAUUAAGUAUAUUAUUUGUUGAUUUCAGACUUCAGUAUUUAGUCUAAUUAUUUUAAAAAUUGAACAAAUAUUUUUAAACAUUACGAUAUUUUCUACGAAAUUAAUUUUCCAAAUUUUAAAGAUGGAAAUUGUAGUAAGCUACGUACCUAUAUGUAUUUUAUUUUAGUAAAGAAAAUUGUAGAUGAUUGUAGAUGAGUCAGGGCAUCACUUGCCUCAUCCAAUAAACUCCCACUUAACUACUAAGUUCGGAACAUCUAUACAAUUUGUAUAAUAUAUAUGACCAUUUGAUUAAAUGCUUCUUUUACCGAAUCCGACACAAGACCUGUUAUUAUAUAAUAAUUAUCUGCAGUGGUGACUAUCUGAAAUAUACUUAUAUUUAGGGGCGCUUGAUUAAUUCACAAAGUAUUAUGCCUCCACCGCCACAACCUUAUAAUAAUUAUUUCAUUGAAUUAUAAUUAUGAAUAAAUAAAGCAUUAUCUGUACAGUGUACAUUCAAUCUAUAAAAUAAGAUAUUUUUCUUCGUUCUAUCAUCGUAAUCGUAAUUUGUAACUUGUGUAUUAUAUAUCUGCAAUGGAAUACGAACUUCAGUAUUUUUCGUUAAAACUUUUUAUUUUUUAUAUGUAUUCUUAAAUAGUAUUUAAUAUAAUAUUAAAAUAUAAUAAUAUAGUCUUAUUAAAAUAUCUAUUGUGUUUUACAUUUUUUUUUUUUUUUUUUUUUUUUUUUUUUUAUAUAUAUAUAUAUAUAUAUAUAGUCAAUAAUACGAAAAAUAGAUUUCGAUAUAUUUUGCAUUUCUUUAAGAUCAUUAGUAAAACUGUUGCGUAUAAAUCGAUGACUGUAGUGCAAUUCAAUAUCUAUCCACCAUAAAAUAUUAUAUUAUAACUCAUUACUUGUAUUUUAAAAAUCGUUUUUUUUUUUUUUUUUUUUACAAAAACCCCGAGUAUCACACAACAAUAGAAAAAUAAUACAAGAUAGCUAUAUACUAUCAUUAUCAUUUAUAUCAAGGCCAUUGUUAUUAUUUAUUUUAUUUGGUGGUUUUUUUUCUCGUAUCAAAUUAGUCACUGUUUAAUAUUUGGUAUACCUAUAUAUUAUAAUAUAAUAGGCUAUAUAAGUUAUAGUGAGUUAGUCGAUCGUAAAAAAAAAAAAAACAGAAUGAGAAGUGUCAUUACUGGCUUAUGCUGGGCUUUGUUCUCUUUUGUUCGUAUGGUCAUCCCGUACAUAGAGCUAAACAAGAGUAAAAAUUGCAGCACAUGCAUAUAUGCGAAUAAAACUUGUUUCAUUUGUGCUGUUGCAUUACACGGGUUUCGCUUGUUUUUAUUAUUAUUUUAUUUAAUCAAAAGAAGUCUACCGCAUACGUACCGCGAAUUUACUAUUUAAAUUUAUUCAUUACAAAAUACAUAUGGAUUCUCUGUGUAUAAAAUAAAAUAAUAUACGUAUACCGAACGAAUAUUAUAAUACUAUAGGCGUUUUGCUAAACGAAUUUAAUUCGAAACCAGUCGGAAAAUUAUAAUAUUUGUUUGUAUAGAGUUUGAUAUCUUUAAUAUCUUAAAACCCAUAGUAUUGCUCGCCAUUUUAUAUUAACUAAAUUAAUUCGCGUGUACUUAAUUACUUAAAAAUAUUAAAAUUUUGACGAAAUCACUUAAAUAUUAUAUUUCAUCAAUAAAACAGAAAAAAUUGAAAUUUUGCAUACAUUUUUUUUCUAAAAAUGAUUUCGAGCAUAUAAAAUCAGUGACCACUUCCAAGUCUAGAAAUAUGAAUUCCUUAAUAAUACCGAAAUCAAUUUCGUUUAUAGAUUCGCGUCAUAUAUUUCACUAAACUUUUUUGAAGUUCUUCUGUACAGUUUUUCGUAAUCAGAUAUUAUUAAAAAUUCCAGACAUGAUCUCUUGUACAGGCCAUCUGCGUUUAAUUUCAUAUAUGUCCGACCAUCCCUAUACAGAGUGCAUACUACAUGAAAGUUUUUAGACCACUCCUUCUAUACUUGAAAUAAUUUGUAUAUAUAUUAUGUUAUAUAGGUACACAUUGUAAAACCAAUAUAUCCUUCGGCUGUCUCAUAAACUAAAAUAAAAAUAUAGCUAUGAGAGUACUGUAAAAUUUAAUAUAGAGCAGAUAUAGCUGUAAUAUAGUAGUAUUAUAACUUAUAAGUAACGACGAAUUAUCGCACUCGAAAAACGAUUCAGAGCUCAAAAUUAAAAUUGUAAUACAUUCUUGAAUAGUUAGGAACCUAUGUAGUUCCUUUUAUAACUUUGUUAAGUUUUCAACUAUUUUAAAAUGUGUCGAAAAUAUGUCCAUUAUUUUCUAAAGCUUUUUGAAUGGAGUAUGCCGGUUUACCAUCUUUUCGAGUAGUUUUACUACUCUUAAAAAAAAGUUAUUCCGAGGACAUAUAUAAUCACUCAAAAACUUACACGGGCUAUUCUAAGGAACACACCCCCCUUCAGAGUUACCGUGACGGCAUCGUACUUCUGAAAAAAUGUUUAUUUUUUUUUGAAAUAAUUAAUCAAUUCAGGAGACAAGUAAACAGUGUCACAUUUUUUUUUCAACCUCUGCAGCGUCUCUCGAAAAUCUUUUUUCUAUAAUAACCCACGGAUGGGAAACAAGCGCAGCCAUUUUAAAAUCACUGCAUCAGACGCAGUCGCGGCCAUAAUAAACAUGUAAAACCCAGACAUAUAUUUAUUAUUUUAUAUAGAUCAGCUGCAGAAUAAUAUUCUUCGCAGUUAAAAAGAUAUCAUCCUUUCUCCGCAAGUUUUCUGCGGUUUACAGAUUCGAUUCGGUUUUCGUAUACCUACGGACGUUUGCGGGUAAUUCUUAAUUCAUUAAACCGCGGACUCGGAACCCUUUGACCAGGCGUGUUGUAUAGCCAUAACUAUAUAAGACUCCACACCGGAUCGAUAACAGGCCAUUCAAACGACCCGCCAACAGCUGUUUAACUGGUUCGAAUGUCUAAACAAUAUACUUCGGGCUUUUAAUUUUUCGUCAAGUCCCCUCCGGUAACCGGGGGCUAUGUGGUCACGAUUUUACCGCAGAUACGAUAUUGUAUGCAUUCAAUAUAAUAUAUUGUAUAGUAAUACCAUAAUAUGAUGACGGGAGAAACAGACCGCGUCCGACGGUUUUGUGCGGACUCGGGAACUGCGGUUACCGUGGUAUAUACCUAAUAAUAUACGAUAUCGUUCGUUCGGUCGCACGUUUACUAUAAAAUAUUAUUACGACGUGCGAGAGCAGGGGUGGUUGUCGCCGCCACGCGAUUCUCGCGAAAUGUCCGCAAAACUGUGAUUCCGUUACCCAUAUGCUUAUUUACAGUCCCUAUUCGAGUUCGGCUCAAGUUGUCUGUAAAUAAACGACCCGUUGUGAUUUGUCAUCGACCAUCAUUCUAGGUUUUAGGUUUAUACUUAGUACACCAACUUCUUUGUGGUAUUAUCAUGUUCGGACUAACAGGUAGAUUAAAUUUGUUUGGUUCCCCUUUGAUUUAUCUAAACCUGCAUUGGUUUUUCAUUGACUAGGUAGUUGGUUUCAGUUUUAUACUUGAGAAAUUAACUUCCUUGGAUCAAUCUCCUAAUCUAACAUAACCUAUAGGUCGCUUUUGAAAACUUCUAAAACCAACCAGGUUACGUUUUGGCUUGGGCCGGACUCGGAUAGGGUCUGUAAAUACGCUGCCCAUGGUACCAUAUAAUAGGUACACGGAGUAAUCAGUCUCGGUACGCGAUUCCUAUUUUCUCACAGACCAUUCGUAGCAACGCUAAUAAUAUUCUUUUCAGCACACACACUGUAUAAUAAAAUAUAUUCAGUAUAGAAUAUUAUAUAGAAUACAGAUUCACGGUCCAGCGAUUUUCCCGGAGUAUUUUAAGUGAAUAUGAUUUCUGGUUUGUUUUUUUUUUUUUUCGUAGACGUUACAUGGAAUCAUUUAUACUUAAUAUUUUACCAUUGUAUUCAAAUUUUUACCCCUACCCCUUAAAUAACUUAAAUAACAUUUUGGAUUUCCAACCCUACCUCCUUAUUUUAAACCCAGAUUCGAAUUGAGAAUCUUUUUCUAAACAUUUGAACUUACUUUUCACUUGAAAAACGUCUUUAUAUUCAUUUUUUUGUGGAUGAUCCUGUUUUCUACUCUUUGGAAAUAAAUCUUAAACUGCUAUAAUUCAUCAAAGUUGGUAUAUCCGGUAUAAGGUAUUAGUGUUAUGCAAAACAAAAUUUGAAAAAAAAAAACUAUUCGAAUCCGUGUGUAAAGGGGGGGGGGAAUUUAAUUUCUAUUUGAAAACAUCUAUUUGAAUAUAUUAUCUAUAUUUAAUACUUAUUUAUGGUAUAGUGUUGAAAUACAGAUAAAACAAAAAAAAUCCGAGAUCGAAUUCACUCAAAUUUAUCGCUGGAUAUAGUGACGAAAAAAAUCACCUGUCUUUAGUUUUCGAAUUUUUCGUGUAGUGCCUAUAAAUACGUUUUGAUUGUAUUGUAUUCGCCGUAAUAAAAAAGUAUUUUUUUACCUAUUAUAUAUUAUAUACUCGUAUAAUUUACAGUCUUCGUAUAUUAUACGUGUUCCUAAAAAAAAAAAAAAAAAACAGGAAACGUUGUCAUUUUAUAUAAUCGGUAUAUGAUUAUUACGUUGUUCUUUAUUUUCGAUUGUCUUCCGAGAAAUUUUUGGUAUAUUUACAAUAAUUACUUAUACAUUAUUAAAAAAUCGCUUUAAUUCGUUAUUGUUUGUUUCAUUAAGUAUAAUUGUUUGUAUAAACUGAUAAACUAUUGCGAUACUGCAUAGGGCAUAUUAUAAUAUUGCAACUUGAAAUUGAUUUCACUGAAAAAAAAAUAUAUAUUUGACUGAGCGAAGCGGAAUGUUGAUUUUACUAUAUGAUUUUGUUUUGUGGCUGUAAACUAUACUUUUCUACUAGAAAUCAAAAACUUUAUGGAAACUUUCUUGUAACGUUUUUAUUCUAUAUAAAGUCGGUUCAAUAGAGAAGUCAUUUUUCAUUUUUUCUUAAUAAAUGGGAAAUCUGGCAUUGUUUUGUAUCAUGUUUGUUGGUUUAAAACAUUAAAUUCCAACAAAUUAAAUUCCUUAAUUCCAAUUUAAUUUCUUAAUUAAAAAUAAAAACAAUACGAAUUAAUACGACGAAUAAUAUUCUACCCGGAAUCGUUUUCCGUUAGCAAUAGUUUAUCGUUGCCUACACAAAUAUAAAUCAAAUUACUCUAUAUAUCCUCCGUUCCAAUUUCCCUUAUUAGCAAUAUUAGCUUCUUUUUUUUUCUUUUUUUAAUGAUAAUUUAACGUUCUAUAUAUUAUAUGUGUAUAUAUUGCAUACGUAUUAUGUUUUAAUACGAUAGGCAUAGCGCUUAUAUGAUCCCCGAGUACCCGUCGUACGUAAAACUGCAUAAAUUUGAAUUUUGUACAAAUGUAUCUACGAAAGAAAAAAACGAAUAACGAAAAAAAUACGAAUCCGAUGCGGUAAUUCUAACUAUACUUUUUUUCUCUCGUGUAAUUUGAAUGAUAACACGCGGAUAUAAUAAUAUUAUAUUAUUCUGAAUAUAUUGUAAUGUAUACUCUAACAAGUAGGUAUACACAAUAACUAUAUAAUAUAUAUGUAUUCAUAUUUUUUAGUACCUAUCAUCAAAAAAAAAAUAAAAAAUUCUUCACCGUAUUUUAUCGCGAUCAUUAUUCUAUACACAAUAUUAUAUUUUUUUUUUCUUUAAUUCGCUUUCCCCAUGAGCCAAUGUAAUAUACUGAAACAUAAUACUUCCGUGCACUGAAUAUAAUUAUAUUAUUAUGAUUAUCUCGAAGUGCCAAUUUUGUAAUAUACGUACCUAUAUUCAAUUGCCGAGAAGACCUCGCAGCAGUGUUAUAUUACUUAUGUAUCAUUAUACUAACAUUCUUGAAUAUUUUCUACGGUUCGUAUAAGGUACCUACUUUGUUUUUAAAUUUGCGAUUUAUACGUAUUUCUAAAGAAUUAUAUUUUCAUUUGUAUACGAUGUAGUAUGAUAUUAUUAUAUAUUUACCCCGUAAACGUUUUUAUGAUGCAUAAAUAAAACGUGAAUUACUUACGAAUUGAUAUAAUACAUUGUAAUAUUAAAGUAUGAAUACCUACUUAAAUAUAUAAUACAUAAUAAAUUCGACUCGUAUGAACCUAUUCGAUUUGUAAUUUGAACAACAAAAUUUGUUUGUCACUUAUUGCGGUUGAAAGUGGUUUGUUUUUUUAUAUACAUUUAUCGAACCAAUAAGUUUUAAAAUAAUCAAUAACAUACUUCUAGUAGCCCAAUUUCUGUUUUGAAAAAUGAUUUGACUUCAUAUACUUAUUUUCUAUGUUUUUUUAGAAUAAAUAUUUUCGUGAAGAUGACCAUUAAAAAGUAAAAAAUAUAAUUCAAAUUUCACAAAAUUGGAAAUAAUUCAGAAAAAAUAUCAGAAAAUUCCAAACCCCUAAAAUAAAACGAAAAAGUUUUAUAUGGCACAUUUUAUUAUUUGUGAUUGAAACUAAUAAUAAGUAAUAACCUUAAAAAAAUCACCGCCUUUGUUUAUUAAAAUAAUUUGUAGGUACCUAUAUUGUAUACAGAUUAUCCAGUAACUGUUAAAUCUGUCUAUGCCGGGCUAUUAUAGAUAUGUAAGGAACCUAGAAAUUGACCUUUUAAAGAGAUUUCUAUUUUAUUUGGCGUGUCCGUCGCAGUGUUAUAAUAAUGUACUGUAAAUAAUUGUAUUCUAAUUGAAAUAUUUAAGCUAUCCAAUAGUAUUACUUGUGUGAUUACCCUUCUAAAUAUUAUAAUACCGUAUUAAUGUAAUAUUUUUUAUCUCAAGGUAAAAAAAAAAACUCAUAAAAACUAAAUUUAUCGUUGUAAUUUUGCAAAAAAAAAAAAAAAAAAAAUAAAUAUUAAAGAUUUUUAAAUAUAAAUUGGCAGUGACUUUAUCAUAUAAUAUAGGUGUACACAAUUAGCGUAUAUAUUUAAUAUCGUCUUCGAAUCGUUAAUCCCCGAGCGUUAACCUAUGCACAGAUACUUAUAAUGCGGUUUCGUUAAACAUAAAUAGGUAUUAAACGAAUUUUAUUAAUCGUAUUUGUAAUUUAUAUACUAUAUAAAUAUUCCAGUUGGGAAAUAUCAAGAGCUGCCUGGAUCUCCUGGAGACGCUGGGCGUUCCUUUGGACGGUAUCACCGCCCAUGACGUCAAGGAAGGUAACUUGAAAGCCAUACUGGGCCUGUUCUUCGCACUGUCCAAGUAUAAACAGAAACAGAAACAACAGCAAAAAUCCGAAGGCCCGUGCAAGUCGAGAAUACCGGCUACGGACAUGAAGCAAUCGAGGUAAAGUAAUGUUUAACGAAACUCGAGAGGAGACAGAGAACGUGAUGAUAAAUCGCGUGGUUGGAACAAUAAUAAUAAUAGAGUAUAGAAGACAUAUUAUAUUAGGUGGUACCAUAUCUAUAAGAGUGGGGAGGGAAAAAUGAAAAUAAAUUACGUCAUUGUGGCUGUGUAGUAAGGGCGUGGACCCUUCAUCCCUUUUUAUAUACCCUCUAAGGCUCUGUGAACAGACGGUGUUCAGUUUCAAUGGGGAAUUCGAACAGUGCGCGUCGUCAUCAGUCCAGGAGUGUCCCAACGUCUCCUGAAGUCAGAUUAAGGUUCAUAUUAAGCACAUAUUGUAUAAAAAACAAUAACCGUCUUAUUACCUUAUUAUGAUUUCCUAUACCUAGGUCGAACAAUAGUCCAUAGAGUUUUAAUAUAAUUAUAUGAUAUACCUACGCCAUUUUAUUCGAACACUGCAUCACUCUUUCCGACGAAAUCACAUUGUUGUUAAUUUUUUAAUUUCUAUGUAACAAUUAAUAUGUAUUUUAUUGUUAAAUAGGCUUCCUGGACCCACCCUACACUCGGGCAGUAUCACAAGUAUACCGACUCCGUUCGUCCAGAGAUUUCAUCAAUUGCAAAAUACGCCUUCUGCCAACAGUGAGUAUACCUAGUUACUACAAUAGUAAUUAUAUUUUAAUAUUAUUAUAAUAGACGUGGACAUGUUUCCUUAAAUUUAUAAUAGUUAUACAAAAUAUUAAUGAGUAAAUAUUUUGUAUAACCUACUAAAUUUCAUAAUAUUUAAUCGCUUGUUAUACAUCUUUGGCUCCAGGAAGAUUUAAUUUUAUCAAUUUCGUAUUGUUUUUGAUAUAAGCAAAUUACAUUUUUAAAAUACAUGUACUUUUACACAGACGAAUACACGUCUUAUGUAAUUUAGAUAAAAAAAAUUGAAGGAGAAAAAUAAUAUGCGACAAAAUUAUUUUACACCAAACACAUGGCCAUAAUAAUUAUAAUAAAUGCAUUUAUUAUACCGUAAGGUACCUACAAAUUUGACUUUUUGAAUAAAUUAUGUUUAACAUAUUUUUUCGCUCCGUAAAUUUUUGACAGCUAUCCAUUAUUAUAACAUAUGAAUUUAAAACACUAAAUUUAAAUAAACUAAAAUUUCAACCUUUGACGAUAAACACAAAUUGAAUAGAAUUUAAUGAGAAUUUUUUAAAACCAGUACAAGUAUACAUCAUUUAAUUUAACUUGUUGAAUGGAAUAUGGUUAUUAAAUAAAUAAUAACAAUUUUCAUUGUUUUACGUUUUAUGGUAAUAAUAUUUUCUUUUUUUAAAAAUACUCUAAAUACCUACACAAAAAAUAAGAAUAUUGAAUAAUACAUAUUAUAUUAAGUAUAUAAUAUAUUUCUAAUAUGUUUUUUUUCGUAUUUAAGUUGUUUACGAGUAAACGCUUCUUCGUUAGGUUUUUAUUUAUUUAGGUUUAUUUGUAAGUAUGUAAGUCUAAUCUGACGAGAAAAUAAAGAAAAUAACAAUACAAUGUUUCUCUGGUCCGAUUCAACCUUGAAGGCUUGAACAAAUUAUCUCAAGUACUUAAUGUUUUAAAUCUAUUAUAUAGUUAUACCCUUCAAAAAGAUAUGACCGCUCGCUGAACAACAAUUUAUUUCAAUUUUAAAAUACACUUUUUAUAAUUCUAUUUUUUCCGUAGGUAUACACUGGGUUUAAUUUCAAAAUAAUAUCAUUUCCAUAAUACCUCAUAACGUAUCUAAUACAUUUUUAAUUGUUGGUGUUGAAAUAGAUUUAAUAAAUUCAUGAAUUAUUAGUUACAAUCGAUUAAAAUAAUUAUCUCUAUACCGUAGGUACCUAAUAAAAGUGUCUUAUUUGUAACCUAAACUUACGUUAUUUAUUAUCUUUAUAUUAAUGUUUGAUUCUGUACCUACCUACCUAUUAACAAAAUUCCAAAAACUAUAUCAUUUAAAUUCACAAUAGAUACUUAUAAUCAGAAUACAAUUAUACAGCCCACGGAUACAUUAUUUUCUAGUUCAUUUCGAGUCACCCUUUCUUCCAUUGUUAUAAUAUUUGAAUGGCAAUUAUUACUCGCGCUCUUUCACGCCCUUCCCGACAUUUUCUAUUGAUGACGUCAUGCACAAUAAUAUAAUAUCUUAUGCCUGUUGCUUUCUUAUCACAUGUUUCUGUAGCAUAUUAUUAUUUUUUUUUCCAGUUCUUAUCUCUCAACAUAUACGGCACUACACAGUAAGCAGUAAAGUUGUAGGUGACUGCCUAAGGUUUUGUCAUUUUACUUCGAAUUCCAAUUAUUUAUUUUUAUAUGUUUUUAGAAGAAACAUACCUAGGUAUUUUUUAUAAAAAAAAUACAAACAAUAAUAAAUGUACUUAAAAUAUUGAUUUUUAUUUUUCAAAUAGAUUAACAUUAUGAAUAAAUAAAUUAUUUUGUAUACAAAAUAACUUAAUGUUGUUUGUUUAUUGUUUAUCAUAUUUAUUCAUGUUUAUUUUAGGUCCAUAUACAGGAAUCAAAUGUACAUCAAAUAGUAGUUCCAGAUCAACUAGUCCUCACACUUUUAUACCAUCUCCAAAAACUAUCAUUAGAACACCAGUUGCUUCACCUAAAAAUUCCAAGUAAACAAACAACAAAACAAAUCAAUUAUUUUAUGCAUAUUAUUUUCUCGACAAUAUUUUGAUACUAAAACAAAAUUAUUUCAGUCAAAAAAAUGGAAUGCCUGUUAAAACCAAUAUUGCCAGUCCAUACAGUUCUGCACAAAAAAACAGUGCUUUGUUGGAAAAGCUAAAAGCUUCCAAUCAAAAAGAAAAAUCCAGUAAACAAGGUUUUUAUAAUGAAUAAUAUUUGAGUAUUUUAUGUGUCAUUUUUUGUAAUUAGACAUUUUUUUUUUUUUGUUUUAGUUAUAAGUAAUACAAAAAGAACUUCCAGUUCUAGUGGAUUCAGUUCUGCUCGCUCAGAACGCAGUGAUUCAUCAAAUAGUCUUUCAAAUGAACCGAAAGCAGUGCCUAAGUAUGUAAAAAUAUUUUAAAGUAUUAAAAAGUUAUAUUUUUAUUUUAUCAUUUAAACUUAUGCUUGAUAAUAGCCAAGAAAAAAAAGAAAAUUAUACAGACGUUCCAAAGCCAGUAUUAAGAAAAAAAAUUGUCCGACCACCAGUACCAGCUGAAUCGCGUCUUUCAAAAAUUAGUAUUAAAUCAACUACACCGCCUAAAUGUGAAAAUCUACAAAGAAAAAGUGUUGAAGUAAAUUUAAAAAUAUAUUCAUAUUGGUAUUUUUUGUAUAAUUUUAAUUAUUGUUAUUUUUAUUAGAUAUUAAAUUCUGAUAAAGACGAUUUAACUAAUUCAUCUACAAUGGAAUUAUCACAAAGUCAAUCUGUGAGGCUUAGUGGAACUGGAAUCCCAAAACCAGUAGCUACUGUCAAAGGAAUGGCAAAACCAACUCAUUGUGUUGCACCUAUGCAACAAAUAAAUUCAGAGUCUAAAAAAAUUGAUGAUCUUCCAGAAAAAAACAAUGUAAAAUCCCUUGAUAUGUGUAAUGAACCAAAAAAAUCUGAUAAUGUAGGUUUUGAUAAAAAAUAAAUAGUCAUUAAUAAUAUGUUACUUUUAAUUAAUUUUUACUUUUUAGACAUCUAGGUUAGUUCCAAAUGAAUCAAAACAUGACAAGCAAAACUCAUUUACUGAAGAAGACGAUCCAGCCUUAAAUGUGAAACCAAUGGAACCGUUAUUGAGAGGUUACAAGAGAUCAAUUAUUGUUCCCCAACACCGUACUAUACCAUCAGAUUUAGGUAUUGUGAUAUAUAUUCUAAAGUAAAUUAUUGUUAUUAUACUAGGUGUCUAGACUUUUAUAAAAAUUAAAUAAGGUGUAUAAUUUGAUACAUUUUUAUGUAUAAAUCUAUCUUCAAGUCUGAUUUAUAAGAAGUCAGAGCACAUAGAUUUUAUAACUAUCACUUAAGCAUUAACAAAAAAUAUAAUAUAAUGUACUUUAAAGCAACAUAUUAUAAAAAUAAAUUAAAUAAACAAUAAUAUUACGUGUUACUAUUUUGCUUAUGUUAAUUAUUUAGUGAUAUAUGUCUAAUACUUUGCCUCGUGAUAACCAGUGGGAACAAUAUAUUUAGGUUGCUACUAAAAUAACUUUGGAUCACUUCUUGUUUAAAAUAAAUUAUACUAUUAUAGAAUUAAGAUUGUUUUGUAUCUUGUCAAAACUUUUCACACUAACCAUACAUUUUGAUUCAACAAUUAAUUUUUUUUAACUAGAACUUUGAUAUAAUUUUAAAAUAUAAUAUAAUAAUAAUAGUAUACAAACACACUACAAAUUGGUAGAUCACAUAUUUAAUAAACACCGAAAAUUUAAUAAUAUUUUGUAUUAAUAAUUUCAAUAUUUUUUGAUCACAGGAUUAUCUCAAAAUAACAGUAUGAAUAGCAAUUAUCAAGAAAAACGAAUAUCAGCAGAUUCAGACUAUGGACAACAAUCGUCAGGUAAAAUAACAAUUGAUUUUUUUUAUGGACAUCUAUUAUAACUAUUGUUAUACAGUACUGUAAGGAAAAAUUGAACAAUUGACAUAGCUAGCUAUUUUCUUUGCAGGUUAUGUAUCUGAUGGUGAUGUUCUUCAGUAUGACAUUCAGUCAAGACAAAUUCUUGCAACAGAUCCAGGUUACAUGUCCGAAGGCCCAGUAUAUAAUGAUUCAAAGUGAGUACAUUAUAACAUUUGAGACCAUUUUCAAGUAAAAAAAAUAUUUUGUUUUUCUGUACACAAAACUCAUAGUAAAAUCAUUUAUUAUUUACUAUAAAAAAUGUACCUAAUUAAUUAUAAUCUAGUGUUUAUAAAUACUUGGAAACAUUAGUAAUAGAUUUAUAAUUUGUACAAUAUUAUAUUUGAAAUUCUAAGUCGUUAAAAUAUUAACUUAGCAAAUUAUUGUUGUAUGAUACAGCUCCUUGAAUUAUAAAAUAUAUUAUAGUUAAAGAGUACAGAAAUAUUUAUAAAAUUAUCAUUUCCAAUAAACUACAAUCUAUUAUACUGGUUUUGAAAUAUUAAAGUAUCUACAUAUUUUUAAUUACUCACUGCAGUAAGUACUUUUAAGCAUUGUAUUUAAUUUUAAAUUAAAAAAAAAAAUUAAUCUCUAAGUUAGAUUAGGUUCACAACUGUUUUACCAAAGAUGUAUUUAUAUACAUAGUAUACUAUUAUUAAAUUCCAGUAUAUUGUUAACUAUCAUCAUUACUUCUUAGGUAUCAUAACAUAUUUAAAGUACUGAGGGAGCAAAUUUUAAAUAAUGUAUAUUAUUUUGAAAGUUAUAUCUGAAAAUUCUUAUACCAUAUCAAAGUUGAGAAGAUUAAUAAUUUUGAAUAAUUGAAUUAGUAUUUUAGGUAUAAAGCUAUUCAAAUUAUGUUAAUCAUUUAAUGUUUUGUCUUUUACAGUAGUUUUUGUUUUAUUUUUAUGUAAAAUAUAUAUAAUAAUAAUACUUAAUACACAUAAUACUUUAAAUAAAUAUUUUUUUGUAAAUGAUUAUUUUGAGUUCCAAAUUUCAGUAAUAACUUUUUUUUUUUUACUUAAGUAAUAUUGUCUAAAUCAAAUUAAAAAAGUGAUUAAAUAAUAAAUAAUAUACAUUGUUGUUUUUUAAUAGGGAGACAAAUUGAGAAUUGGGUUUUAUUCUGGAAUCAUUUUGUCUUACAUUUAAAUAUAGGUUUUCAAGUAAAUAAAUUUAUUCUAAAACAAUAAUGUUAAACCUAACAAUUAUUGAUUGCAUUUAAGUUAUUUAAAUAAUUAUUAGUCAUGUUAUUAUAAUUUUUUUAGUAGUGUAUGAAUAUGUGUACUCAGAACCACAGAUAAAGUCCUCAACAGGGACAACCCUAGAAAAUCAACUCACUUGGUGCAAAAUACUUUUGAUAUCAAUAUAAGCUAUGGGUAACUUUGCUUCCCUCCCACGCUCUCCUAACACUAUAUUUACACAAACAUUGAUCAACGGAUAGACAGAUUAGUUAAUUAAUAAUAACACCAUUAGCAGCCAAAAUAAAUGUAUUAAUAGAUUCAUUGUAAUUCUGUCUUUGCCCAUCAGUAUGUCAGUACCUACUACAGUGUGACACUGUUUAUUUUAUAGUUUAUUAUUUUUUAAAAAAAUUCAAAAUUAUUAAAUAUAUUUGCUUAGGUAGUGCAAAUGCACAACCUGCUACCCUCUCCGGAUGUCCCUAAUCUUCAGUUAAAUUGUGUAAUACAAUAAAUUAAGGUAGAUAUUCAAUUUUUUUUUAAAAUAUUAAUUUAUAAUUUUUUGAUAAUAUAGAAUUUAAUGAAAGAUAUGCAAUUUAAUUUUGUCUUUAUAUUAUAUUGUUUAAUAAUAUUUUUUAAUUAUUGUUUACAAAAUAAGUAAAUUUACAACAAUAUUUAAAUCUUUCAAGACUAAACUUAUAAAAUAUUAUAGUAUUAUUAUUUAAUUUUUUUUUUGUUUAUCAAAUAAUAUGAUUUAUUAGUAUUUAUUUUGACAUUUGGGUUUUUAUUUAAAUAACAUUUAUACAUCAAUUAAAUUAUAUUCAGUGAAUGUAAAAUAUUGAUUUUUCUUUAAAUAUUCAUGAUAUUUGAUUGACUUAAUUGUUAGUUUGGUGUACAUCAAGAUUUUAUAAUCAUGUUUUUAACUAUCAAAUCAUUUCUCUUAGAUAACAGACCUCUAAGUUAUUGUUUUGGUUGUUGAGCUUAAAUAUUUUUACAUAUUUACUAAUUUCUUAAACAAAGAAAAGAUGUUUAUGCAUUGGACUAGAUAAUCCUAUAAUUAUUUGUAUUAUCUUGUAAUUAAAAUUUCUCGUUUUGAAUAAAAUAUCAACAAGUUGUAAAUAUCUUAUAGAGUGCUUAAGAUCUGAGAGACCAAAAUUUUUAAUAUUUUCAUGUUUAAAAUUCGUAUUAUUUUUUUUUUUCGAACGUGAUGUCCAAUUUGAAGUAGAAAAUGUGAUGCCCACGGCCUAGCUCUGCCCACCAAUUUUAAGGAUGUUCCUACUUACGCCCACUUCCAUAACUUAAUCACGAUAAAUCGUAGAUAAUUUAGUAUGUCAAAUUGCUUAAUGAGCGGGUAAAUUGACCUUUUGGUGUAAUUAAAAUAACACCCUUUUACACAUAUUUCAAUUACAACGAAAAAAACUAGAAUAGGUACCUAUCCAACAAUAACAACAACAAAAAAAAAACCCUAUAGAAAAAUAUUUUCACGUUUAUUUUUAAUGCUUCAAUACGCCUUAUAUCAAUGAUUAAUAUUUUCCGCUUGUCAUGUUAGUCUUGUCGAGUCGACCGUAAAAAAUAAAAUUAGAUCAAUAGCCUUUAUAAAGAAAUUGACUUUGAUUGGUUCGUCGUUCCCCUUUUCAAUUUUUACACUUAUAAAAAUCUAAAUUCAAUAAUAACACUGUAAAUGUUUAUUUUAUUAUUUCUGUAAAUUUAUCUGUAUUUAUUUGUAUAAUAAUAGAUGGACUUCUAAAUUGUGUUUUAUGCUGUCUCAAUGCAUAUUCGUUUUUUUCUUUUUUCUUUAGUAAUUUUUUUUAAUAGGCAAGACACGGGGGCGGGGGGACGUGUUUGUGAAAAGGGUGUAAUUGAGCUCCCUUUUUUGAAUGAGUCAUCUUUCAUGAACAGGCCAUGCGUAACAAAAUUAUAUAUGUAUGGUGGUUUAGUCGUAGUUUAUACAUAAACAUAAUACUUAUUAAUAUAUAAUGUAUGUGACUUCAUACGCCUCGAAACACGUAUUUUCAAAUACUACUAUAAAAUCGACUGUAAACAAUUUUUUAUGUUCUAUACUGGGUACCACUAAUGGAGUUUUAUUUAAAUGUAUUUUAAAAAAUUAGAUUUCUUUGUCACCGUGUUUGUUUAAACGAAUUCCCCCCCCCUCCGUAACAGAUCUAUGUUUCCAAAUUUUUAAAAAUGUUUUGUUACUAAAACGGAUUUUUCGUAUGUGAUUAAAAAUACCUAAUCGAUUCGUUACCAAUACGUUACAUGUAUGUAAAAGUUUAAUUAAACUGAUUUUAUCACAUUUUUUUUUUUUUUGUAAUCGAUUCCUUAUUAAAAUGGCAGAAAACUGGCUGAGUCCGAUUUUGAAAUUUCUACUUGGGUUCUCCCCGCACAGAAAUCGUAGACAAUUUUUAAUUUGUAUUGAUUUCUAACCUAUGCGGUUACUGUGUGACGAAAAUUCACCGGGGACGCUUGCCAUUGGCGCCAAUGUGUUGUUUACACGGAAAUUAUAAUUUUUGGCAUGUAACAACGGCGUGAUUAUUCGGAGAAAAAAAAUGUCGAUAAAUUAUUGGGUAUCGAUAAUAAACGUAAGUGAAUUUACUUUAUAAGCCCGUGAAAAUACAUGUACCGGCCUAUGUAUUUUGGACAGAUAAAUAAUAAGUAACCAUAAUAUUACGGUCGUAUUUAUUAUAAUUUAUUAUCGUGGUGUUUUGUUUAUAACGAUAAGGUCGCUCGAGGGGCUAACAAUAGCAAUAUACGUAUUACCUGCAGUCUGACAAUGGCCAACGUGGUCCAUCAAUCUUAAUUUGUCUCCUCCCGCCGAAUUAUAUAUGACUACACCAGUGGGUGGCCAUAGGUAUUAUUUUUUUCGAUGACUUAUCUUUUUCCUUCUAGAGGGUUUCAAAAUGUUUGUUGUGCGCGUUUAAUCCGGACGUUUUAAUAAUUAGCCGUAAAACGUGUUUUCGUUUAAUUGAAUUAUUUUUGUUGCGAUCACGCGGACGAUAUGAAUCCCCCUUUAGGCUUUCCAUCGAUUAUACUACGUACUCCCUUGUCCUCCAUCGGACCUUAAACAACACCCAACCGUUCUCCACGUUGGCGGCCGCAUAGGUACCCACCCCGCCGACACUUUCAGACAAAUUCAGUGUCGAACUGCUGCGCUACUGCUACAACAAUACAAUAUAAUACCUGCGUGAUAAUAUUGUUCUAUCGGUUUAGAAGAAUAUACCUACGACAUAGCAAACACGUACAUUUGUACGAUAAAAUAUAUAACCGACAUAGGAUAAGUGGAAAAAUACGUUUUCGAAAAAAUUGUACGCUCGGUCGGCAAAUUUUUUUGCCGGCGAUAUAAUAUUAUUGCGCGUGUAAACAAAAGAGACGCACAGUCGCGUUUUAGUUUUAGGAGUCGCGCGGUAGAUAGCGCCUCGGUGGAUUCGCCAUAGAGUUUGUGCUUUUCGAGGGUGUCCACAUCCAACCGAGACCAGAGUUUUAACAACACACCCCGUAUAGGCACAAAUACAACAGCAGUAGACAGCAGUAGUUGUAUAACGUUCUGGAGUAGUAGACAUUUCGCCAUAUUAAAAUUGUAUUAAUAAAAUUUGCAUAAAAAUUUGGUACCUAUUUAUAUUUUAUUAAUCUAAUUAUUUAUUUAUCAUUAUACAAUUAUAUGGCAAAAAUCCAUUAGUUUGUAACUACUAGACAAAAAGUUAAUUGACAUAAAAGACUAAAUAAUGAUUCGCUUGAUUUACCUACCUACUUAAUUUUAUGUUAUAGAUCUAUCAAAUACCAAAAUUCAGUCAUUAAUAACAAACACAAUGUACCAUUAAACAAUCAAAUUCAUUUAAAACAUAGGUAAGAUAUUUUAAUAUUUAGUUUUAAACACUUUAUUUACCAUGCUUUACCCUGAUAAAGUACACCACUAAAAACUUUUAUUCUUGAUUUAUUUUUAAUACAAUAAUAAUUAUAUUGUAAAAUAUUUUUAUUUUUACAUAAUUGAAUGUCAUUUUAAAAUAAGAUGAUUGUUAAAAUUAUUUUAUUUAAUCAUGUAUGUCUUAGCAUAAAAAUGUUAUACUUUUUUUAAAAAUUAAAUUAAGUCAAACUAAUGCAUUUAGUUUUUUUUCUUAUGUCAGUUCUAUUUUAAGUUGAGUAAAAGAGCUAUUAGUUUAGUUUAACAUUUUCAUUUAAUUAAAAUGUAUAAUGUAAACUUUAUAUUAAUUUUAUUAAAUUAGCAUUUUUUUUUUUUUUUAUCAAAAUUAUAGAAUUGAUUCAUUUGAUAGACUUGAUGCAAACACAAAUGAUCCAAAUCAAUCGGCGAUUAAACAAAACGUCAAGGUAUUUAGCUAUCUAUACUAUAAUAAAUAAUAAAUCUAAUUGUAUUUUAUUAUUUUUGACAUUAGCUGAAUCGAUUUAAUAUGGGCCCUGACGGGGGCUCAUCAAGUCUUGGCCCUGAUGUUAGUCCUCCUACUAGCCCUCCAGAACCUACGCCUGUAGCACCUGUUUAUAAAGUCGUCACACGUAACCAUACAAAAAAAUUGGAUAGUGGACAACAAACUGAGUUGAAUAAUUCUAGUUUAAGGUAUUUAACUAAAAUGUAUUAAUUAUUUUAACGGUUCACAAUAAAUUGUAUAAUCAUUUUAUAAUUUUAUCAUUAGACAAUCUUCUCAAUGGAAGAAAUACAUAGAAGCUGGUAAAAAUGCCGAACAAAUUAGAGCAAACGAAUUUGAAAGAGUACGGGACAAACAAAGUCCAAGACGAACAGAUAAAAAAAGAUCAACUGGUAACACAUAUUUAUAUUAUAAAUGUAAACUUUUCAAUAAUAACUAAAAUAUUAUUUUAUUAUUUUAGAUGGAUCACGUGAAGACUUGCAUAACAUGGACUAUAUUGAAAGGAAAUCACGUAGUGACAAAACCAAAGCUCGUGGUAGUGUACCUCAAAGCUUUGGUUAUGUUAAACGAUCUACGUCUAGUUCAAAUAGUAAAAGUGAUCCAAGAACAGCUCAAGUGUCAGCUGUUCCUAGAACAAAGGUAUUUUUUUUAACAAAAUUCUCAUUUUAUUUGUACAAUAGUAAGAGUUAGUCUAUAUUCAAGGUAAAAGUAUCUGGUGGCACUCAAACUGAUAUGAAGACAUAUUCAGUUAGUGGCCCAAGUGCUACUCAGCUAUCACAAAAUGUCAGAGAAAGACUUAUGGCAAAUCAGUCUGAACAAGAAGCCAAAAUAAGCAGUCCUUACGGAACAUGGAUGAGACACAGUCCUGUUCCACCACACUAUACAGCUUCUCUGCCUUCUAGGACUGGUGCUAUAGGUAACCAUAAUAAUUAUUAAUAUUGAUACUUUACCUAUUUGUAUGUAAGAUAAAAUACAAGUCAUGUGAUUCAAACAGGAGGUAUGAUUGAAGCAGAUAGUAUUGAAUCCCUUCCUGCACAACUACAUCAUAGAGCAAGUUUAACCCAUUCACGAUUAAUGUCCACCGCUUCCUCAAACGCUAGUCCAUCGCCUAGCCAAGCAAAUAGAAUAUCAAGGAGUAACAGUAUCAGGUUUGUGUUGUAUAAUAUUUUGUUUGUAAUAUAAUUAUUCUUAUGAAAUUAAUUUUUUAUUAAAAAUGAUUAAUUAAUUUUGGUUGAUAAAUAAUUUUGGGGAAAUUUAAUGCUGUAAUUUAUUUGCAGCUACCUAAGAGAUCGGACAUUUCCAAGGUAGGCAAAUUGCCAAAAAAGUGCACUUUCUAUUUUGACAACUUUUUCACGACUUGCUUUUCACUGAGGAAUAUUAUUAUUUAAGCUUUUUUAAAUCACUAAUUUGUCAUUAAUUAUCAUUAUUAUAAUUAAAAAUUGUUUAUUAUAAUAUGUGUAAUUUAUUCUUUUAGGUCAACAAAGUCGGAAAAACUUUAUCCAUCUAUGUUGCAACGAUCGGAUGAACCAGAUUCAUACUACAGCAUACCAUACACCUCUAAUAAUCGUUCUGAACACCGCACCUAUCCACAUGUUUCACAACCAACUAGUCCAACUCCAACUAAUCGUUAUAAUUAUCAAUCUCCUCAACCAAACCAUCGAUCAGUAAUUUCAUCUCCAUAUGCUGCUUCCAUUAUGAGUAAAAUUAAUACUAAAGAUGAUGAUGGUAAACAUAAAAAAAAUGUAUUAUCAUGAAAAUCCAAUUAAUUUUUUUUUUUAGCUCAUGGGUCAGCUUUGAGUCUGAUAUCAACGGGAUCAUCAUCAUUAUACAGUGGAAUGGGAGUAGAUGAAAAACAGGCACAUGAAAUCAGACGGUUGAGAAGAGAUUUAAGUGAUGCACAAGACAAAGUUCAUACAUUAACUAGUCAAUUAUCAACAAAUGUGAGUAUUUAGAUGAAUAUUUUAUAGCAUUUUAAUAAAUAAAAUAUUUACUAGUCUAAUGUGCUAUCCACCAUACAUAUUUAAAUAACAAAUUUCCAAUUACAAAAAAAAACCUGUACAAUUUUAAACAAGUUAUAGGUAUAAUUAAUGAUAUAAGUACAUUGUACUUAUACACAGUUAUGAUUAAAAAAAAAAACUAAGUUUUAAAUUUUUAAUCAACUCUAUUAUUACAAAAUUGAUUUUAAAAUAGUCUUUUCUUCAAAAUGUAAAAGUUCUUAUUUUGUUUUUAAUUUGUAUUUAUUGUGUGACUGAUUAAAAACAAAAAACUAAGUAAUACUAAUACUUUGAAACAUUAGCUUGUAUGAGCUAUUACAUAGAAUUUACUUAAAUUUUUUUCUGUUGAAAAUCGAAUAUGUUAUAUUAUAUAAUAAAUUUGUUUUACCUACUUCCUUUAAGUUUGUGUCGGAAGUAAGGAGUUAAUUAUUUACUGUUAAUACUUGAUAUUCUAAUUUGUAAAUACAAUAAAAAUAAUAGAAUUAAAAUAUAAUAUAUAUAUAUAUUAAUAUUCAAUACAAUUUACGGAGGAAUACAAAUAUAUAAUAACAACUGGGUACUAGAUACCCCUCCAAUAAGUCUGAAAUGUUUGGAAUUAAUGAGAUCAUACAUCAACUAUUAUUAGUAGAGAGGAACAACUUUUAUUUAAAAGCAAUUUGUCCACCAAGUGGGUUGCCAUAAGACACAACAUACUAAUCUAUAUACAAAUACAUAGGGCAAAUCUUAAAUAUACAAAGCAAAUACAUAAAACUACAUUUACAUUAUAAAUGGAUAAACAAUUAUAAUUAUCUUGUGCUUAUAACUUGGACUGCAAUAAUAUACUGGGUUACACAAUAAAAAUAUGUUAAAAAUAACAAACAAUUAUACGCACAGUAUAUAAUAUUAAUAUAAAAUAUUUUUCAUAUUUUAAUAAGACAAAAAUGAAUUGCAAUACACAUUUAAAUUUAAAUAAUAAUUAUAGUUAAAGUUCAGAAGUAUUUGCUUUUACAUAUUGUUUUUGAUGAUACUUAGACAUUUCUUAAUAAGAAAUACAUUUGUUUCAUAUUUCACUAAUUUUAUACACAUCUUUUAACCUAUUUCAAGAAAAAAAUCUAAAAAUUUGUUUUCGCAGGUAAAUAAAAAAAUGUUCACAAUUUUAUUUUACAUAUUAUCAAAUGUGUAGUGCUAUUUAUAAAGUGAUUUUAAGUGUAUGAUAAAGCGCUUAAAUUUACUAUUAAUAAAAAAAAUUAUAUUAUUAAAAUUAUAAAUAUACAAAUGUGAUUAAACAUCAAUUCAUUUUGAGAACAUAAUUCAAAGUUUAAAAAUCUGUUUUUGGAUUACACAUUUUGUUUAUAUUUAAUUGUAUUAUGCACGUUAAUAUCAAUAAAGUCCACAAACCUUAGACUUAGAAGUAAUUUUUUUCUGUAUUAUUUAGAUUAUACAAAUUUAUUAUAUUCUUAAUUAAUAGCUAUAUAUAUAUAAUAAUAAUACAUGUAAAAAAUGUAUAUAGACUAGGAAUUAUCAAAAUCAAAUUAGGUAAAUACAAAUUAAGUUACAUUCAUUGUUUUAAUGUUAACACAUUAACACAAUGUAAUACAUAUACAGCACAUAAAUUAUAUAUUUAUACUAUUGUCCAUGUAAUAUAAUUGUUUAGUAAGAUUAAUUGAUAAAUAAUGCAAAAGAUGAAUUUUUUUUAUAUUUUAUUUUAAUCAAGAAUUAUUUUUUAAGUGAUUUCUAAACUAAUUAUAAUAUUACUUGAAACAAUUUUGUUGUUUGGAUAUAUAGGUAAAAAAUGAGUCUUUUAAACUUGUCAAUUUUUUACAUGACAGUGACAAUAUAUUCUUUAUAAAUAAAUAAACACAUCAAUCCUAUUUACAGUUUACAUAUUUUAUCAAUUAUUAGAACAAUGGCAUAUAUUUUAAUAGUUAUUUCAAUAUAUUCCAACUGAAUGAACAUAGAAAUGAUCAUUAUACAUUGCAUUACAUUAGAAUGAUAAUAUGUCCAAAGGAAUACUUGUAUGUUAUCAUUUUUAAUUAUAUUUUAAUUAAAUAUAUUUAUAUUAACUAGUUUUAUAAGUAUAAAAUAUAUUUGAUACAUAUUUUUUUUUUUAUAAUUAUUCAUCUAGUGAAUAGUGAUUUAAACUAUUUUUAAAUCCAUCUAAAUUUGUAAUAUUAAUAGAAUUCUUAUUUUUCUCAAGACACAAUUUCUUGAUGGGUGGUUGACAUUCAUUUUCAUCCUCUGUUAUAUUAUUACCAAUAACUUCAAUACUUAAUGUACUGCCAAAAAUAAAACCGUAUUUUAGAUUUACAACAUCUUCAAAUGUUAUAUUCUUCAGUGCUUCUAUUUCUAGUUCCAAUCUAUUGAAUUUGAACCGAUUGAGCAGAAUUUCUUUUUUAUUUCUACUAAAUUCGUUUUCCAAACAUUCAUCAGGAGAUGCUUUAUAUGCAAUUAGUGCAUCUUUAACUUUAUCAACUUCAUCAGUAUUAUUAAAGUUUUCCCAGAAUUGUUUUAAAAAUUCAUUCAUUCUAUUAAAAACAUACUGUGUUUCAAAUUUGUUUCUUUGAUGUGUUACUUGAAAGUAGAAACCAUAAUGCUGUUUAAUUUUUGUAACACCAAAUUGUACAUCAUAACCAAGACAUUGUUUUGUUCGAAGUUCAUCGAAUGCAUAUACUUCAAUUAUUGAUUGUAGAACAUAAUACUUCAUGGCUUCUGUUACUUCACAUUUGUCAAAUUGAUAAUAUUUAUAAGAUAUAGAAUUAUUAUCGAUUCUAUUGUAGUUUGAUAGUCUUACUCGACAAUCUCCUUGGUUGAGACGUUUUACCAAAAUCACUGGAAAACAUUUCUUGUCCAAAGGCUGAUAAUUUAAAGUACUUACAACUUUUUUGGAAAUUUCUAUAGCUUGGUUUUGACUUAUAUUACCUUGUAUCAAUGCUUGACAAUAUAAGUUGCUUAAUUGUUCAUAAAAUGUAAGAAGUUCUGAGUAUUCAAUAUUUUCUAAAUAGCAUAAUUUGCUGCCUGAGAACCACUCAGGAUCUUUAAUUAAACAAUUUUUUAUAUCAGAUGCGACAAAAUCUAAAUCAUAUUGUUUAUUUUUUAGUUUAUUGAUGGCUUGAUACUUUACCAUAUUAAAUAUAUCCUCAGUUAUCAAGUUCUUAAAGUUGUUUAUACAAUUUAAUACCAUAUCUACGAGUAAAGGUAAUUUCUCAUUAAAACCAACAAAUGUCAAUUCAAAUCCGUGUAUAAAUACUUGAAUAUUGUAAUUGAGUUGGGCCAUUAAUGUUGGGUAUGUAUCUUCAUUUAAUAAAAAUAUAAUAGUAUCUAAAAACAAAUCUAAAUUUACAUUAUUUUCCAUUGAUUUUGAAGGCAUUUGAGUAAUAAAAUUUAACAUGAUAUAGCCUUUAGGAAGUUUAAAACAAUUAUCUUGUUUGUGCCAUAGUUCAAUAUGUUCAUUUUCAAAUAUUUUUUGUGGAUAUUUUAUAUCUGCACUUUCAGGUAAAAUAGAAAAAUCUGUUGAUAAAUAUUGAUUUUUGCUUGGAAUUUUAAAAAAUGGAUGUGGUGUUACUUUCGACCAUUUAUUUUCUAAUUCUUCUUUAAAAUUGUCACAUGAAUACUUUGUCCCAAAAAUUUCAUCAGUUAAAGUCAAAUGAGAUUGAUCAAAAUUUGUUGAAAAUAUGAAUAUAGCUACACGAUUUACUGUCAUCAUUUCUAAAAUGCUUUCAAUUAAUUUUGGUUCAUAUUCAAAGAAUAAUACUGGACCACAUAAAUAAUCUUCCUCGGCAAAAUUCAUCAUAUUUAAGGAAAGUUCUAUUACAUGGUCACUGGCAUUUUUAUUUUCAGAUAAAUUAAAAUCAUUUUUAGAUAAAGUUUGAAUUUGUUUAAAAAUAUCUUCAGAUAUCCCUUGUUGUCUGAUUAAAGCCAAAUAACUAAAAGUCAGUUCAAUAACCAUAUCCACAUUUUCUAAACCUAAAUCAGUUAGUUCAAUAGUUAUAGCAAAUAAACUAUAAAUAUUAUUACUAUAAAAAUCAUCUUCUAUUCCAGCAUCUAAUUCCAUUGCAUAGUUUAACUGUCUCAAAUAACUAAUCAAACUCCCUUUACCUUCAUGUCCCACUAUCCAAGAAAUGUAUUCUAAAGGUUUAUACUUGUACAAAUUAAGAACUGAUGGCAGAAACCAAGAAAAUGUUAGUUUGUUAAUACAACUUACGGAUAUUACCUUGUGGAUUUUAUGAAAAUCCACUAAUUUGAAUGGUAAAUUUUGAUCUGGUUGUCUUAGUUUCGGAAGAUGGUCGGUAGGUAUUUUACUAAAUAAACCAUCAAUCAAUUCUAACAAUUCAUGUGUUGAAUGUUGACUUUGCACUGUUAAAAACAUACGGCUAGCUGAGUAGUGGGUUUUCCAGAAAUCUAAGACCAUUUUAUCCAAAUUUUCAAGGUCCAGACUUUUUAAACUGCCCCAGACAAAUUUUCGGGCAGGACAAUUCAUGGACGCAUUUAACGAUAAUAAUCUAAUUUAAAAAUUAAAAGUUAUUUAUUAUAUUUAACUUGAUUAAACAAUAUAAUAAAUUGUACAAACCUUUGCAAACGAACUUCGUCAUCUGUAAUCGCCAUCUGAAAUUCAGAAUCCACAACUUGUUUUUCUUUUUCGAUUGAUUCUUUGGCUAAUUUAGGCGCUUCAAACAUGCUAGCAAAUAUAUCAAUUGCCUCCUGAAAAUAUUCUGCUGGCACUUCAAAGUGAAAAAUUGUGUACUCACACCCCGUUUCAGCAUUUGAAUGACCAGAUUUUUUGUUUAAAAAUUUAUCAAAGUAAUUAUCUUCUGGGUAUUUUUCACUACCCAUUAAUAUCAUGUGUUCCAAUAAGUGAGCUAACCCUUGAGCCUCAAUAGGAUCGUCAAAACUACCUACAUUAACACUUAUGGCCAUCGCAAACAUGUUACCUUUAGUUAUUAGUUCUUCUUUUUCUGAACAACUAUUGAAUGAACGAUCAGUCAUUUCCUCAUUAUUUUUCAAAUCAUCAUUUUUCAAAUCAUCAUUUUUCAAAUCAUCAUUCUUCAAAUCCUCAUUCUUCAAAUCAUCAUUCUUCAAAUCAUCAUUCUUCAAAUCAUCAUUCUUCAAAUCAUCAUUCUCCAAAUCAUCAUUCUCCAAAUCAUCAUUCUCCAAAUCAUCAUUCUCCAAAUCAUCAUUCUUCAAAUCAUCAUUCUUCAAAUCAUCAUUCUCCAAAUCAUCAUUCUUCAAAUCAUCAUUCUUUAAAUCAUCAUUCUUCAAAUCAUCAUCAUCAUCAUCAUCAUCAUCAUCAUAAUCAUAAUUAAGCAUAGACUCUGGCAUUUCUUCAUUUUCUGGCUGGCUGAUCAACAAACAUUUCAUACCAUUUUGUAAUGUGUGCAAUAAAUAAUCUUUUUUAUCACUUAAACCUUUGUGUAUAAUCUUCGCUGCAUUAGCCAUGAUAGGUGUGUGUACUCUUAAUUAAAACACAGCAAUUUAGACUUAAUAAUAUAGGUAGAGAAGUAAUAAUUUACUAAAGAAUAUUUAAUCACAUUGUAUAAAAUUCACAACUUUGCUAAAAAUAUUAUAGGCACAUUUGGUAACUAUUAAACAAUUUUAAGCACUAAUAAUAAUGUUUGUGAUGUUUUGUUUUACAUUGAUUUCUAUGCAAACCAACCAAAAACCACUUUAAAACUAGUAAUAGUAAUAGAACGUAAUCACUGACCAACAAAAUACAACAUUAUUCACUGUAAAUGUAUAAUCAAUAUUACGCCAUUGAAAGAAAUGAUACGGUUUGUGUGGCUGACAGUUCAGCAGCUGCUUAGCUACAAACAACUUUACAGUAAGACCAACAUAAUAACAUGCAUAUAAAUUGCGUGAGGCUGAUAGAAGCGUUUAAUCUCAUAUACCUAAUCGUGCUAGAUAUACACUCGUCGUAUUGACAGUGUUGCCGGAUGUACGUGACCAAAAUAACCGUGUUUUUUUGCCAUUCUCUAUUCAGAUAUCUAAUCAAUAAACUUAUUAUCAUCACGUAAAAUGGGCCAUGAUUUAAGAUAUACUUAUUGCACAACGGCAAUAAAAUUGUGGUCUUCAUAAUUACUCAAAGAUAAAACAAUUCUGUAGCGCUCAUAGACCGCAAUGAAAUAUGUAUGUAGUAUAUUAUAUCGCUAUCACAAUUCUCCAAAUGUGUUUGUGAACGUGAAAUAUUGCAAUAUAACAUUAUUUUCCCAGACAAAGAUUGCACUAAGUUAGUUAAGCAGCUGUUGCUGUUCUUAUGAACUACAUCAAUUGCUAGGUAAUAUCGCAUUUGUAUACUAAAUACUACUAUAUUUAAUUCUAAUAUUGCUUCGUCUGGAGCCGUUGGCUUUUGGCUGUUAAUAUGCGACCGUGUCGGGUUUCCGAAAAAUAUUCUUAUAAUUUUUCGAACCAUAGAUAAUAUGUACAAGAAUAGGUCAUCCCUAUACGUUUACUGGAGCGCGUAAUACAAAUAAAAAUACAUUAGCCGAUAGUAUUUUAUCCGAAAAUAUUACAGCCGACUGUUAUAAAGAGAGCAGGUAUGAUCUUUCGAAUGUUUUAUAGCCCCCCCCCCAACUCUACCUAUAUUAUAAUAUACAUUGUAUACUUUAAGCGAAGUUAGAGUCUACUUUUUUAUUAAAAACAAAUGAAUGAACAAUCAAAAAUUAUAUCUUAGUGCAGCAAAUUAAUUUAUUUAAACAUCAAUAUUCAAUAAUGUAACUAAUUGUUUUCAUUAAUUAUUAUUAUUUUAACAUUUUUGUUAUUUUUAUCUUAGAAAUUUAUAUACGUUUUUUUUAUCACAAUGAGUUAUUUUUAGGCAAAUAAAUUAAUGAUCAAACAUGUUAUACUCAAUUAAAGUUUUAAUACAAAAUAAUAAAUAAUAUUUUUAUCAGAAUUUUAGAUACUAAGUGUAGCGAAGAAUGUAUUGGUUUUACAAAGAUGUUCAUUUUUAUUAUUAGUUUUUUUUAUGUUAACACUUUUUACCAGAAAGCUUCUUCCAUUGUAUACGAUGUAAACCCUAUUCUGAAAGGAAAUUUUCUUGGGAUACUUCUUUAGGGAGAUCAUUUUUUUGAUUUUCCCUGCAUUUUUUUCAAUAAAAGGGUAACGUGAGAAAAAAUGGGAAGAUGCACGAAAUAUAUUAAUAAAAUAUUACGAUUUUUUUUCUCUGGAAAACUUUUCUACCAGCAAUUUUGCUCCGAUUUCCAAUGAUUAUAUGAUAUCACUUUUUCUAAAGGAAAUCUGACUGAGGAGGUACCAUAAGGUGGUGAUUUUUCGAUUUCCCCAAGAGUUUUCCCAAAAAUGUAAAACACCGGGAAAAACACGAGAAAAACUGAGAAAUCGGUACAAUAUUAAAAAAAUAUUAUUAAAGAAAAUAUAUAAUGCCUAUUUAAUUAUUUUACCAUAAUAUGACAUGUAUAUUGUUAACGAAACAUCACUAUCAACUAAACUCUGCUCAAAAUCAUUUUUCGGUUAGCAAUGGUUUAUCGUUGCUUAUAGAUAUACAUUAAAUUUCUGUACCCUACCUUUCCUACUUCCCACCUACAACAGUGGCUGCACCCACGUGCGAAAUAUUUCCGUCUUUUUUAUUUCAAUGAUGUCAUGUAGCUGGUAGUCGCCAACUAGUCAGCGAAUUGCUUUUUCAUUAUCACUUAUAGUUGAAACAAGACCUUAAUUAAAUGUAACUAGUAUGCUCUUCGAUCACACCCAUAGAUAGUAGUUUAUGAUAGAUGAUAAUCUUUAUUUAGUAUCUAUGGUCCCAUUCAUGUAUAAAUUAUCUAUGGGUUUUUUGAGAUUCUGAAGUGCCAUCUAUCGAUAUGCUGUUAAAACAUCUUAUUAGAUACCUAGUUAUUAUUAUUAGGAGUGGACCGGUAAUCGAUUGAAAAAUAAACCUAUAUCUGAUUCGAUUAUUUCACAGAUUUUUCAGAGAAAAAUGUCUUAAUGUCUCUGAAAUAUGAAAAGAACAAUUUAAAAAUUGAAUUUUCAACCGAUAGUUAAUUUCUAUAUCAAUCCGUGGUUUUGAUUUCAAAAUCAAAUAUCAGUAAAAAGUGAUAUCUGUCUUUCUCUAAUAAUAAUAAUUUAUUAUUAUUAUGAUUACCAUUCUACUCUCUUUAGAGGGCUACAGGCUCUCUAAAUAUCACGUGUAGGCAUUGAUCGAGAACGUCAUUCCGAUAUUAGUUCUAUGUUCUUCCCAGGUUUUUCGCAGCUAACAUUUGGGCAUCAUUUUUAUACGUUUCGUUACGCAACCAUAUAAAUUAAAACCAUGCCGUACAAUUUUACCAACGAAACCAGUAAACGUCAUUUGUAAUUAUUUGUUAAUUCCAGCGACUUGGUUGUUGAAAAGUACAUCCGGUCAUUAAACAAUAUUGUCGAAACCAGGUUGUUCACUAAACUUGGACACUAUAGCAAACUAUAGUGCCUUAGUUAAACUAGUGAUCACUCAAAACUGCAUCGGCUAAUCACGCUAAUGAUAAUUAGUACAAUUAACGCCGUAAAUAUUUUAUGUAGGCAACUCAUAUGUUUCGGAUGACCUAAUUAUACCGCGAUUUUUGACGUGACCUUCCCGUAUUUAUUAUCUUUAAUUUUUAUCAUUUUACUGUUUUCGAUGUUUGAUUAUUUUCUAAUAUCUAUACGGAAAAAUCGCAAAACGUAGACCACAAUGGCUAUCAGUAGUUUUCAUGAUUCGUGGCUGCUACAAUAAAAAAAUAAUAUUUAAUAAUUAUUGUUCGAUAAUUGCCACCCACUUAGAAGUUUAAAUACCGGAAAAUAGUCGAGAUUUUUUUUUUUUAAAACUAUAACAAUUAUGAAAGGUCCUAGAAUAUUGUGUUUGUCAUAAUUUGAAUUGCAAUAAAAUAAUAAAACUCCGCGAACGGUUCUGUUCCUGUGUUCGUGUUUUCAUGCAAUUUCCGAUACAGACGUCAUUUAUUUUUCGAUUUAAAAACAAAAUUAUCGGUUAUUAUUGUCGCUAUAUGACGUGUGUCCGGACAUCCGACGGUGUUUCCAUCAAUUUUUUUCGAUAAUACCCUGUGCCUUGCAUCGGGUUUUUUUUAUGUUUUAUUUCUUACGGUUUAUGCUUUUUAUAGAGAAAUUAUACAAAAAAAAAAAAAAUAAAUUAAAAUUACCAACACAAAACACUCGACAUUUUAAAACUACUAUAAAUCGUGGGGAAAUUGCGAUUCCCGAUUAUAAUUACCCAAAUAAAUACAAUUUGUGUUACUAUUUCGGUUUUAAUGGCAUUUGUGGUAUGAUCAGGCAACGAUAAUAAUAUAAUAUUAUGACGAAUUUUUAAUUUUUUCUUUCCUAUAUGUUCGAGAGUAUAUACGGCGUACAUUAUGUAGUUUACCCUGUGGGAACACCACUGCAUGUGCCCCCGUUCGAUAUUAUCAGUUUUUAUGCAGGCAUACCAUAGGUACUGUUUCUGGGAAUCGAUCAACCGGGUGUAAACAACGUUAUUAAUAUAAUAAUAACAAUAUUAUAUUAUUAUACUAAUAAUAUCGUACGCUUUUUAUCUUGUCCGGCGGUAUAUUAGGCGAUAGGCAUUUUCGCCCAAUAAUAAUACACUGCGGUUAGGGUGGACGUUUUUGGGGUGUUUUGAACGCGUGCGACUAGAUAGUUUUGGUCCUCCCUCCCGGGUUAUAAUACGCGUGGGUAUUUAAAAGCGCACGCAAAAGGGGAACGAUUAUAUUAGGGUAGGUACGUCCUAUGCCCACCUAUAUAAUAUUAUUAUCUAUUCUUGCAGCGAUGGUUACCGGGUGUGGUUUCCGUUUUUAUAACGCGGAGUGGUUUUUUUAAAAAAAAUGUAUACAUUACUCUAAUACUUUGUGAAAUUAAAUUUAAAAAAAACCUCCGCCUCUAAUACGCUCGUUUUAAACGCGUUUCAUUUCGUAAAACCCGAAGUUUAUCGUACGAUAACAUUAUUAUUAUCUUAUGCCGUGUAACGAAUUCCGUCCGCGCAAGAAUAUUAUGCUGGCGGUCAAAAUAGUGACACGACUCCCAAAAACGUUUAAUAAUUGUUCACACGUUGACAAAUAUUUCGAUAAUGCGACACUACGGGUACCUGUGUUAUAAUAUUAUAGUGACGCUAAUGUUCCACGAUUCCACAGUAAAUUACCGAGGCACCUGCAUUUCCGUAGGUACGCGUGUAAAGAAAAAAAGUGAACGUUUAAACACCGUUUUCCUAGGUGUAGACUCAUAAAUCACGUUUUGUUAUUAUUAUUUUUUUUUUUUUUCGUCGCCAUACGUAUUCUUACGUGUGGGUAAUUAUUAUGUCGUUUUCUGUAAUUUUAUCGCUCACCUAUGGAAUUUUGAAAAUCUCUCAACCCCUCUCUAGCCCCCGUUCCGAUCCCCUACCGCGGAUAAUAACAAUAUUAAACUCUGCGCUGUAGAGAACGGCACUACAAUGGACUUUUGCCCCCUCCCUUUUAUAAUAUUGAUUUAAAAAAUAUCAAUCGGGUAUACUCGAUACCGUCUGAUUGGCAUAAUAUUAUAAUCGUGUUUUGUUCGGCUGUUAUAUCCUAUUAAAAUGUAAUUAUUAAAAUAUCGUGUAAAAAUCGUGUGCGCGUGUAUAUUAAUAAGUAAAGAAUUUGUUUAUCGUACACCGCCGUAGAACUGCACUCGUUAUUAUACGAGUAUACGAUAAAAAAAAAAAUCGUGUUCGGGGCUGCGCAGUUAUUAUAUUCGUUAGGAGAAAAAAAUGUACUGUGUGCAUUAUAUGAAUCCCAGAGUCGGAGAGGUAACUGUAAGUGUGAUACAGAAUAGAAAAAUAUCCAUUGUCGACUAUUUUUUUUUAUUAUAGUGUGUCCAUCAAUCAAAGCCAAUUUAUACUAUACCUACAUAGUUCCCCGUCCCUCGCGCGCACUUAAUAGUAAUUCCCGUCAAUGGUGCGGUCACCGUUAUCAUCAAUGACGUUUUUCUCACUCGACCAGACAAGUAUUGUCCAAGUCGUUUUGUGUGUGUAUAAAAAAAAAAAAACUAGCAAAUAUUCAACGUGACCGCUGCAGAAAUCCUCGUAUACGGACCGACGGACUCUGCAUUGCGGCACGGUUCGAUUGCUGGCCAUUUUCGCCAUUACAAUACGGACAAUAAUUUUAUCGGCUGCAGUGUUAUAGCGGUCGGGCUCGGGCAAAUUUAAUUUCACAACAGUAGAAAUGCGGGUUUUUUUUUUUUUCUUACAAUACGGUCAGUAAUGUCCGAAAUAAUUAUCGGUCUCGGAGGCGUCAAAAGCGCCCGGGCAUUUUACGUGGGGUUGCGUAUCACGCACCGGGUGAUCCAAUUAAGUGGGUACACUCAUUAUCUCGGCCAGUAUUAACUUUUUCCGGAAUUUGUUUUCUAGAAUAUGUAAGGAACGAGCUGCUCUACAAUUUUAUAUUUAUGUUUUAUUUGUCACCCUUUUUUUUGAGGGUAAAACCACUGCCUACUUUUGAUUUUCAAAUAGCAACCUAUCAUUUGUGUCGCCGAUACAGCGCGCGGCGUGUUAAUAAUGUACCACUACUCUCCUCCGACCUAAACUUAAAAGUGGAAUAUCUCGUCAACGACUUGACAGAAAUCAAAAAUGUCAACACUCAAAUUUAUUUCAACUAAUACUCCAUCUAUUUAUGUAAUUUUUAAAUAUAGGUCGCUAUUUGAAAAUCAAAAGUAGGUAAUGGUUUUACUCCCAAAAAUAAGAGUGACAAAUAAAACAUAAAUUUAAAAUUGUAGAGUAGCUCGUUCCUUAAAUGUUCUAGAAAACAAAUUCCGGCAAAAUGUUUAUACUUUCCGAGAUAAUGAGUGUACCCAUUUAACUGGAUCACCCAAUGUGCAAUUUUAACGAAAUAUUUCGUACGACUCUAGAAUAUUAUUCUUAUUAUUAUUUACAAAUAUAAUAACUGCGUGGUGUGUAAUCGCGUGUAAUGAAGUAUCGAAAAUAAUGUAAUAUGUAAAACUAAAUAUUCGUUCGGAAAAAAAAAACUCGCACAAUACGCAACACGCGUAUGUUUUAAAUAUUAAUACUACGUUCGAUAACGCUGUACUACGAAAUGAUCCAUUAGAGUUUGAAAAACAUCGUCAGACGUUAUGUAAACAAUGGCUUUUUUUUCCUUUUUUGUGAUCCAAUAAAAAAACAACACGCUGCACGGUAUACAAGUUUUCGUUAUUUUUUUCUUUUUGAAAUUCUGAUUGAAACGAAUGUAUUGGUUUUACAUUUUACUAUAUUAUGAUGUAUAUGCGGGUGUUUUUUAUUUUCUAUUUGUCAACGAUUUUUCCAUCACAAAUCUUGCUCCGAUCUUUAACUUAGGGGUGGUUCCCCGUAGAAAUGUUGUAUAUAGUCUCUACAUUGCGGCGAUUAUUUCUUUAGUUUCCUCGUCAUUUUUUUUUUUGUCGAAUUUUCUCUGAAAACUGUGACUAUUACACGGUGUAUUGCGUGUCUGUUAUGAAUAUUUUUCCCGCUACUUUAGGUACAUUUCUAGCGGCUCCCUCUCGACCAAAUGAGUUGAAACUCGAGAAUUCGAGUUCGUUUUAUAGAUGGAUUUAAGUUAUAAAAAUUGGGUUAAAUUUCAAUAUGAACUUAACUGUGUUAUUAUAGUUGGAUACCUGGAAGGUGUUUUUUUUUAGUUUUGUACAUUCUAGUCUCCCCAAAUGAAUCCAAUGAAUGGAUUUUCGUAAAUGUAUGGCGUCUGUUUUAAAGAUACUGUUUUUUGGGAGUUUCAACUUUUAUCUCGCCAUUUUAGUUAUAGUAUAUUCAGUAAUUUAUUGUUUUACGUAGAAUAUUUCUAUUAUACAACAUGGGUGGGGGGGGGGGUUAUUUGACUCUAGUGAUGAAGCUCUGUUGCUCACUGGAGUUUUGUUUUUUUCUGGUUUUAUUCGAAUAAAAUUAACACCUAUCAAAAAAAAAAAAUUGAAUAGUUAAAGGUCAUUAAGAUCGGUGUAUGAGCAUAUUUAGUACCUAAUGUUAUUAAUUUUCGGAUUUCGCUACUACGCAUAAAAUAUGCAUUUCAAUGUGUUGGCAACACUGAAUUUGAUCAAUUUAAGUAAAAGAGAAAUAAAAAACGAUUUUUUUUUUUGAUAAUAUAGUAACAUACACCGAUCUCUUUGAUAGGCGUUCUUCGUCUACUACUGUUAUGCAGACGAUUCGAAUAAUAUUAGCCGAUGCCCAGCGUGUUCCUAUGCAUUUUUCUGAGCAUUGAAAAUGGAAACAAUUAACGGCAAUUUAAAAACAUUAAGAGUCACGUACUUACACGUGAUGCGUAUAAUAUUGUUAUUGCGAGUGCAAUUAUCCUGACCAUUGAUCGGGGGACUCGUGACAAACGUAUCGUAUCGUUUUUUAUUACCAUUAUUAUUUACACAUAAUAGUUUCUUAAUUGAUGCCAAACAAGACGUAUAGAAAUUAUUAUUAUUCUCUGCGUAUGUAUUUCGUUUUUUUUUUCUUCCUUUUACGUUCCGAGCAAUAUUUUUAUUCGUAAUUAUUAUUGAGAUGCCCGUAAUUAUAUAAUAUCCGUUUCGUGUUAUACUUGUUUUCGAGCGUACUUCGCUCGUGUACAGUAUACACACGAUUAUUCAAAACCUAAUCCGACUCCCCCGCUCCCUCCUCCCGCUUAAUUUUUAAUUUUUUACGUAAGUUCGUUUGCCGAGCUCGGGCGAAUUUUCUUCUACAACAAUAGGCGUGUUUUGGCAAUGCAACAUUCAGUAAACAAUUAUUGCUGCGUUGUUUACUACUUGGUCGGUUACUCGCCAAAACGUAUUUUGUUCAUUGUAUAGUAUUUUUUGUUAUGAGACAAUGGACGGGAUGAUUGAAUGAUAGUCCUUAUCGGUCGAUUAUUAGUAACACCGAAAACAGCAACCGUAGUUUACAAAUGUUUGCUGAUUCCGGCGGCCCGGUUGCCGAAAAGCGCAUUCAGCUUACGGACAAUAGUCUACAGUAAACUUUGUCGCCAAAACAGUUUGUUCACUAAACUAGUAACCAGGUUGCUCAAAACUGCAUCACUAAAACACGCCUAUUAUCGAUGGAAUGCGUUCGGUUUUCACCGUAUAGGUAUCUAGGCAAUGUCAACGAGUAAAUAUUUCGAAAAAUAACGUAAUAUUUAAUAUUAUUUACAUUUGAAAACAGUCGUCUAGAACGAUAAUGUAAUAUCUUAUUAAUAAAUCGUCACCGGUUUAAAAAUAAAAUAUUUGGAUACUACAAAACGGAAAUAUAGAAUGUUUUUGUUUUUCAAAAUUACGAGUCGUCAGCCCAGUAUGUUGGGGUUUUUUCGUCCGCGUUUAAACUUACCCAUUGUAUAAUAUUAAUAAUUUGUGGUAGCGUGUUUACGAUGUUCCCGCGAAUUUCAUAAGUUUCCAGCUAAUAAUAGGAUAUCUGAAUUAUGUGAAAUUCGUCGUCGGAAAUUCUAAAAUUAAACGAUAACUUUCGGAUUAUUCGUAAUUUGCAAUUUAUUUUCUUCGUACUGCGGCGUCGGUAUUUUUCUGAAAACCGUUCGAUAAUAAAAACGGUCUCGUAGUAUUAUAAAUACAAAAUUAUUUAUCAUGUUUUGCAGAUAUUAUUAAGCAUCGAUUCGCCGAUACGCGUAAACGGAAUCGCCCGAAACGAUUGACAAUAUGCGUUUAGGCGUUUCGCGUUCCCGUUAUUGAAAUUCCGAUAAAACUGCGGAAAAAACUUCGCCGACGUCUCCGUCGCGCUUGAAUUUCGAAUGGAAUACGAAACGUUUUACCGGCGUUUUCCUGUUUCUUCGGUUUACCAAAGGCGCGUGACGGAAACAUAUUAAUCAUAUCUCUAUUGCGAGACGGGUAUUCGCUAUAGAGAAGCUUCCGGCUUUAAAAAAACUUUGGCGGUUUUUGUUUUCGUCGUCUGUCGUUGUUGUUUCACACUUUUGGUCGACCGAAACGACGACGACUUCGGGGCCUAUACACGCACAAUAGUCGUCUAUUCUCGGGACGAUUAUAUUGGAUAUUAAGAAGAAAAAAAAAUAAUAACCGUAAUGGCCGAUUAUUCGACGACGACAACGACGACGAGACAAUACGUUCCAAAUGACGACUCUAUAAUAUCGUAGUAUUAUGGACAUUUAUAUACGUGCCUAUCCUAUAUACACGCUUGUCUCCGAAAAAGGGGAGAAGGCGCGUAAUACAAUCGUUUAGCCGUCUAGAAGACCGUGAGGAUCACACCCUCGACCCCCUGAUCUCCCCUUUAACACAUAUAAUAUAUUUUAUAUUGCGUCGCUGUAUUAAAGAAAUAUGUUAUGUUUAUCCGCGCAAUUCAGAGAUCGCCAAAAGGACGGCAAAAUUAAAUACAACAAAUUUUCAUUUGUACACGAUAUCGGACAAGUUCAAUUUCAAAAACGACGAUUUUUAGUGUACCCAUCUAGUUCCUUAACAUUGAAAAAAAAAAUCGUCAUAACAAUAAUACACCGAAAAUUAUAUUGAGUGACUUGGACGAUUUCGCGACCGAAGUCUGAACUAUUGUACCAAGAUCGCAAAAACAGUCGUGGUCGUCGACCAAUGCGGUGGUCACGUUCCCAUGUGAAAAGGUUUUAAAGUGCUUGCGUAUCAGUUGUUCUUUUGCUCAAAAACACGAUUUUCGGGAAAAAAUCAAGUCUAUAAAAGUAAGAGGAAAUAGGAAAACUUCUUACGGGACGCAUUGAAUUUGGAUUUUGAACAUUAUAUUUCUAUACGCUGUAAUAGGUGAUUAGAAUUCGAAUAUGACUAUUAUUCGUUAGUUUUUUAAUCACGUUUUGUUGUGGUUUUAUAGCUACACAAUCAAAAAUCAAAGUCCAAAAGCGUUCUGUGCAGGAAGUUUUCCUCUUUCCAACGAGACAAUUAAUGAUCGUAAUCCGAUGGCUCUGCGAAGCGUGAAAAUUAUUCUGUGCCUAAAGCAUGUUUUAAGUAAUAAAAAAAAAAAAAAAAAAAAAAACGAAAUAACCGGUUUAAUUUAAAAAUUAAAAUUGUUCGAACUGUUUGUUCAGACUUUUUAAAAUUAAUUUAUAUUGUAAAAUUCAACGUUUUAUAAAAAGCCACGGGCAAGUACCAAGCCAGUACAAUCCGCCCCUGAUUCGCAUAACAACCCUUUUUUUUUUUCGAGACGAACGACGACGCGACGCCAGACUGUUGUAGUCGUAAAGACAUUUUCAGAGAUAUUUCAUUAUUUCCGGGCACACAUUAUAGGGUUUUUGCAAUGUUUUAAUAAAAUAUUAUUAUUAUAUGUGCAGUUUGACUGCAUUGCCGUCGCCGCAUCGUUUGUAUCGUAACGCAUAUUGUAUUAUAUUAAAAGGCGUCGAAGAGGACGUGAUGCCCGUACCACGUGCCAUCUCCGUCUUACCGACGCCGCAACAUGGCGAAUUUACAUUCAGCAGAGACUGUUCUGUGCCAAGCGCGUCACAUAGGGAGAAUAGAAGGGCAAUCUACCCCCUUCCCAUCCCCUGUGCAAGUAUAAUGUGUUCCAUAUUUAUGUUACAACAAUUAUGUCAAAUUAUAAUCCUCUAGUGGCUCUUAGUCCUAUAAUUUAGAAAAGUAAACCGUCUUAUCGAAUUUUUUAAUAUUUCACCACUUUUAAUUGAUCUGAAGACGCCCCUGUAUCUGUACUAAAACGAAAGUCAACCUAUCGAAAGGUAACCGGAAAACGACCAAAACGUUAAAACGAUUAUGUAUCCGGUUUAUUUGUUGUCGAUUUUUAAAAUGUUUUACAAUAAAUUGUCCGUAGUCCGGCAAAUAUUUUCAACGCCAUCUUUGAAGGUAUUGAUAAGGAACGUUUUAGUUACCGAAAAAGUGUUUUCCGAGAAAAAUAAAAAAUAAUAAUAAUAAAAACUCGUCUAAGUAAAGUCUAAUAGAUUCUACGCUUUACACUCACUCAGAAUCGGGAAAAGAAAAAAAAUACCAUUAAAUAAUACACCGUUUUAUACGUGAUAGUUCCUGCAAAGAGAACACCGCCGAACAACAAUAAUAUUAUAAUUUUAUCGUCCUAAUUAAUUCAUCGCCUGCCGACGGUAUUUUACUACCAUUGUUAGUAGAGAACGACUUCCUUAAUAAAAAAAAAAAUAAUAAUAAUAAUAAAAAACAAAAACCCGCUCAAUUAUCUCGGGAAUAAUCGCGUAUACUUAAAACAUGUAAUGUUAUAUAGAUCUGUGAUGGUGUUAACAAACUAGAAAGAACGUGAUCGACUCGAAAAAAAAAAUACAAAUAAUAAUAAACGUUUAUAGACAAUAGCCUCCGGUAAUGUUAUUGAAAUAUUAUGUCAGAGACGUGUCUUCUACUAUAGGCACCCGUAAGAUUUUUGAAGUCUGGAUACGAGAAGUAGGGGGGGGGGUGAGGAACAGAAGUCGCGGACACGGGCUGUGAGUAUUCCACGGCACCGACUGUUACAGAGUGUGCAAUAGACGGUACACGACUAAAAUACAGUAUACACGUCGUCUUCUUGUUCUGUUUUAUGUACGUCACGGAGGAAAUAAUAGCUUCAUUAUAAUAAUAUACCGCAUAAAUUAUUAUACAUAUAAAGUCCGUCUCUGUGUACGUAUUAUUAUUUUGGACAAACACCUGGCUGGGCCGUAUCUGGCCGAAAGUCGAUAAAUAACGUUGUCGUCUUCACGGUCCGCGUCCGACGUCGUCUGGCCAAAACGAGUGUUUGGGUAUAAUUAGACGAAUAUUAUAUAGGUACAAGGUAGUGAUAAAAUUUGCAUAUUGUGCUUAAUUAUUAUACCGAAACCCGGUGCCUCGUGUCGCGGAUAAGGGGUAAUUCGAACGCAUCCGAUAUCUGAAUAAUGUUGUUUUCUUUUCUCCUAUUUUGAUACCUAUCUAUACGAUCGAUGGCGUAUAGCCGGCGAAAUCUCCCAUUGGUCCGCGAACGUCCAUUGUAGAUCAAACUCCAAACCGUGGGCUUGGAAAAAUUUUUUUUUUGUCUCUUUUUAAUAAUCGAGUUGGUGCGUUGAAAUGGUCAUUUGUCGUAUAUUUUUUGUUGAUUUUUGCGUUACUUUGACAAUAAGGGAAAAAAUUCGACUAAUAUACUUCAGAAUCAGAAUUGUUUUUCGUUAACAAUGGUUCAUCUUUGCCUACAUUUUGAAUUAAAUUACUCUAUAUAUCCUCCAACUUCCAUUCUGAAACAGCGGUAUCAAUCAUCAAUAUUAACCUUUUUUUCAUAUAUAUGUAUAUAUAUAUAUUGGUAAUAUGAUCGUUGGAGUAGACUUCAGAAAAAUCCCCGAGGGGGUUCCUAAUGCCCUCUAUAGAUAAAACGCCGCAAUAAAAAAUUGUUGGUUUUUGUUCUUCGAAAUCCACUUUUUCAAAAGAAUUAAAUUGACUUUUUCACGUAUGUCUUUUGCACUAGGAAUUACGCCUGUACCGUCGCCAUUCUUGACAGAAAGUUAAAAUGUUCAAUCUGUAUAAAUCAAAAACGUUGCUCUGAUUCUUUGCUAAAUCUCUACAGUUGUCAAUUUUUGAUCGGGGCCCCGCGAAAUGCGUACUAACGUUUAAAUAUAUUAAAGUACAUCAAUUUAUACAAUACGAAUAAUUCAUCCAAACGUACUCGACCAGUCAGUGUCUUGUAAUUCCAUUCCCCUGGCAGAAUUUUUUUUGAAUAUUUACUACGUUUUUAUUUCCGUUUGUAAAGUACACAUUGUACAUUAUAUUGUUAUGCACGCAAUAAACACGCAAACCGAGGGGGGCCUUCGCCUUUUAAUAUACCACUGGAUAAAUAACAAUCAUUAUGACUGAUUGUGUAUUUUGGUUCUACCCGGGCCUGUCUGCCCGAAAUUCGAUUUUGUUUUUAAUUUGUUAAUUUUGGUUUUUUUUUUUGUCAUUCGCUCUAACGCAAAUAGUCAAUAAAAACAACCGCACGCGUAAAACGAACAAAACAUAACCAUUUCGACGAGCAAAACAUAACCAUUUUGACAAACACGUCAUAACAAUAACAACGCCGCCGCCGUUCCCGAGGGAUGUGCGUGAUGCGGAGCGCGAACCACCGCUUGUCGAAAACGCGCGCAUGCCGCGUGUGUCGUCGACUCGUCAGUCCAGUACGGUCGGCCGGCGUGAGCGCGUGCACUCCGCAACUAACAGUAGUGCGACGACCGUGUUACCGUUCGCGCGUCGCGUCCUUUUCCGUCGUUGGUUUAUUAUUAUUAUUAUUAUUAUUACAAAAUGCCCGGACAGGUACGGUGAACGCCACGCGUAUGACUAUACGUCUUCCGUCGUAGUGCCGUACCCGCACCUGUAUUCUAGUGCCCUGAUGUACCAUUACCGGAACAACUCGGUCGCGCGUACCGCCGCGGUUGAUGCGACGAUCGUCGGCGCUUCCGCCGCGGUACACGACGGAUUUGCCACGGUCCGCCGGCCGCACCAUUACGUCGGCCACAAGCGACGCCGCGCCGGCUCCGCGGCCAUCGGUCUGCAGCACCUGGAACCGGUCACCGAGCACGUCGCCGGCGGCGGCGAGCAGCAACAUGAGCAUGGCCAUGAGCAGCUGUUGUACGCCAGCCUCAGGCCCAAGUCGUACGCAUCCGCGGCCGCGCUACCGCCACUACCGUCCGACGUGCCCUGGUGGGAAAUAGCCACCCGCCGGAGGCCCAAGAGUUGUGCCGACUUUGGGUCCGCGUCCGCGUCCGACACCAGCGAAAAGGUACCACGCGCGUAGAAAAAUAUAAAUAUUCAGUUCCUAGUAAUAUAAUUAUCCUAUACACAAUAUAUGUCCCGUAAAAUGUUGGUAAUGAAAUAAAAUAUGAAAAUAUUUGUUUUCCUCGAUAAAAUUUCAUAAUAAUAAUUGAUUUGUAACGAGUUCCGUGAAAUGCGGACGUUUAUAAACGAGACAAAUCGUAACUAUUUCAAUUCUAAGCGAUGAUACCUUUGGUACUCGCGGAAGGUACGAAUCACUGAUUGAAGAAUGUAUCGCGUACGCCAGAUUCCAGAGUACCGUGGUUUUCCCAACGGUAACCAAAGAUUUCCUGUAAGAUUACCAAACAUUUCCGCGGUUUACCAUCUGUUGGUACAUAUUAUUGUUUCGUUUAACUUGACGUUAUGUGUGUACGCAUUUAUAAAAACGUAUAUAUUUAUAUUGCUAUAGACGCGCUUAACCGCGUUGUGCGAAACCGAACAAUUCCAUUUUUCUAACCUUUUUGCCCGGGAAAAAAAAAGCGUUGCACACAAAUAUCGCGUUAAAAACCGGGAUAAAAUCAAAAAAUGUUCGACUUUUUUUUACUUGAUUCAAUUUUUACCGCGUUUCUUCGAGGCGAGAUCUAAUCACAAUUUAAAGUAUGUUCAUAGUUGUCUUGAUUUUUCGUCUCGUUUACACCAUUUUCUCUUAUAGAAAAACAAUCGAAACGCUACGAUUUCGCGAAAAAGCGGACCUGGAGUCCGGUCAUCGCGCACAAAACCGCGCAAAUCCCGUAGGAUUUUAUACGGACGGGUUCGGUUCGUUUUACCCGUUGAGCGCCCUCCCCCUCCCGUUGGACACCCCCGUCGACACGAAUUUAUUUUAAAAGUGCGUCGUCGUAAAACCUAUUACGGGUACCUACGCAAAAACAGCGUGAAAUUUAAAUUUUUCUCAGCCUUCCGCAAUGUACCUACGGCAGCGGACAUAAAGAACGAUAUUUUUUCGUUACGAGUGUGUAUUAUUAUCGUUAUUAUUAUAAGAGUUUCACGGGUUUAUUGUACGAUUUAAAUUGCUUUUCUUAUUUAUUACUAGGCAUUAUUAUUAUUUUUUUUUUUUUACCACAAAGCCAAUGAUUUCGCUAUUAUGUUGUUUUUUAUAUAUAUAUAUAUAUGUAUAAUAUUCCUGUCGGUUGUCAAUCCGUCCUCGUACAUUACACGAGGUGUACCUACCGUGUUCCGCGGUCGUCGUUGGGUCGUCGUGUCACUACGUCGUUAUCUCGUUUCCGAGUAGGCAUUAUUCGACAUCGGAAUCGUACAAAGGCCUGUCGUCGUCAAUAUGCCGAUGUUAUGCAUUGCCCAUUGCAUCACCUUUUAUUAUUGUCAAUUUUCGGUUUUCGUUUGCGGAUUUUUCCGCAUACGGUAUAAUAUCGUUACGUCGUCGAUUUGUUGUUGUGCCCUGUGUACGGUCGUUUAGGAAAAAAAAAAACCGCUUUGCCGUGUUUUGCGACAUUAUCAUUGUGUGUGUGUGUGUGUGUGUGUGUCGUGGUAUUACAAAGACUUGCUACUGUAUGUUGUAUCCUGUCGUCUAUCGACGACGUCGGAACGAAAAAGAAAACCCCUCGAUUUUUCUAUCGAAUAAUAAUAAUACUGUGAAAGACGACGCCGUGACCGAUGUUAUUCGCACGCGUUACUCUGUUGUUUUUUUUUUUUUUUUCUAUUGUCACUAAUAUUAUUAUCGUCCUUACGGUCUUUCCGACGGUCCUCAUCCGCGGUUAUCAUGUUAUUAUUACUGUUGUCAUUAGUUUUACCGCAAUCGAUAAACGACGGUUACUAUUUUUCCACCUCGUCGCCGCCGUCAAUAUUCCGACACCGCGUGCGUGCCGCUUGCAUAAUUAUUUUUGGUGAUAAUAUCAAAACGAGAUAAUUGCUCCAUUAUUAUUGUUUGUCGUGUGCGAUAAAAAAAAAAAUUAAAAGAACGUCGCAGGUCAGUAAUUCGCGAGUAUCACUAUCGCUAGAUGGAUACAAUAUGCCUACCCGCUAAUCGACGUACGAAUUAAAUUACCGUACAGUGUGACGUAUUAUUUAUUUUUCGUAUAGCCGAAUCGCAAAUGACCGAUAAUUAUAACGAUUGUGUAAUACGCAUUGUGCACUGCGCGAAAAGGCGUAGUUUUUUUUUUUUUUUAAUCGCCGUCAAUAACAAUAAUUAUUAUAAUAUACGCGCACGAUAUUAACAGUGUCGACGUGUCCGAUAAUUAGCGUGCAAUUAAUGAUAAGAAAAAAAAUUUAAAAAAAAAAUUAGGUUAACGGUAAAAAAGCCGAAAAGGCCAAUACGCGGCAAUAGCGAAUUAUUUGUUUCCGGCCGGACCUUGAUUUACCCGCCGAUAGUUUUUUUGGAAAAAUUAGACCCGGGCACGUGUACAAGGUUGGGAUUUUAGGGAUUCACCUCCCCCAAAAUUUCAUGAAAACUACGACGAAAGUAAAUGUUGAAUUAGAGUCUCGGACGUAGUAAUUCUGUCAACGAGAGAGAUCGGUAAAAUUUUGGAUUUUUUUCAUUUUAAAUAGUAGGAACACUACUUAUUAACAUAACAUAACUUAUUGUUAUUUCUGAUUUUUUUGCGGUUUUCCGGCUUGUAGAAAACAAUUAUAACUGGCACGGCGAUAAUUGCAUGGUCCGCAUUACCAUCACAAUAAUAUGGAUUACAUUAACGUUUGAAAAAAAUCGGCUACAAAAAUAUCAAAUGUAAAAUUUAGUAUUCGGGUACCCAAAAGGCCCCGUAAAUGAAUGUUAAAAAAUAUUGUACAUGUAAACCUCUUCGUUAUAAAAAUAUGAAAGUGUACAACGUUACCCCCCAUCCCCCUCGGAAAUAUUUUUUUUUGUAAACGCACCAGAUUAGACUGAUAAAUACCAUUAUCCGUCGUUGAACGCAAGAACAUUACAUCCGCGUUUUGUCGGAUAUUUUGAUUUCUAAGCUUGAUGCGCGCGUGUGAAUUGCCACAUUUUAAAAACCGCUCGUAAUAAUUAUUAAUAAUCUCCCUUGAAUAUGUAAAUAUCGGUAAAAAAAUUAACGUACAGACGCGUGUAAUGGUUCUCGCCGUCAAGUUUUGAUAUGAUCGGUCGAUUUUGGUGUUCUGCUGACCGCCGUCGCGAGUUUUGUAACACCGGAGACGGCAAAAAAUGCUCGUGUCCUCGUCUUGUGACACAAACACCGUCCGUCGUACCCAUUGUUGAUAAUAAUUCGUUUUGGUGGUUUUUUUUUUUUCCAACGUCAUUCCGAAACAUAUUUUUAUUGAUUUACCGACAUCGUUGUCGCCUCCGGAUUGGUUAGCGCGCGUUUUAACGGUAAAAGCUCUGGGUUUUUUUUUUCUCCUAUACGCGGUCCAAUUAACGAUUCAUUACGCCUCGAUUAAAACGGUAUUAAGACGGACGAAGAAAAACCGCGUUUCGAUCGACCGCCGCGUUGUCUGCCCGGUAUCAUAUUUUAUGUUCCUCCGCGUGUACGCGUACGCGUCUCUCGUAAUUAAACGCGCGAUAAUCGUGAACAAACCGUUCGCACAAACACCGCGGGGGCACAACGCGUCGUACACGUACACCGUCUCUUUGUAUAAAUAUGACGUAUCCGUGUACGUAUUGAAAAAUCUCAACGAAACGUUUCGCGAACGGUACAAAAGGAAAAAAAAGGAAAAAAAAAAAGUCAUAGAAACGGUAGAGAAAUACUCGUAAAACAAUAGGUAGCAAUAAUAUCCAUAAUAUAGCUAGAGGUCGGAUUAUAUACAAAACGAUAAUGGAAGAGGUGCAUAAUAUUAUUAUUAUUAUUAUUAUUAUUAUUAUUAUUAUUAUCAUUGUAUUUUUAAUCUACCGACUCGAAACCCGACGCACGUUUUCGUUUUUAAUUUAAUAAUAAUACGUACCGCCGAUAACAUCACCGACAGGCGGUAUAAUGUCAUUUGUGUCGUUUUGAUUGUCUAUACAUCGGUUCCGAUAGUUUACUGAUAUUCGAGAUGCUCCUCAGGGGUGUUUUUUAUUUUCGUCUGUUAAACGGUUUUUCAACCGUCCGAAGACAACAACCCCACACCCGUCCCUUAAAUCCCGUUUUAAACGAUUAUUUCGUCAAAUUGAACCUGAAAUGUGGCGGUGGAUGAUGACGUGUACCGCGGGCUGUACACUGUACCUAACCGUUUACCCCCGACCACUGGAUAGAUCAAAAAAAAAAGUACAAUUUGGGAAACGUCGGAAGAGACCGUUCCACCGGUCACCAUCCGGUGGUCUGCGAGAAAAUUUCAAUGGUCCGUGACAAAAUUUUGGUGGCCGCAGAAAACUUAAUAAAUCGUGUUAUAAAUAAAAAUAAAAAUCAUUUUUUAUUAUUUUAUAAAGUUAUUUUAUUUUAUUUUUUUUUAUUAGCUCUAGGUUCAAAACAUCUGAAUAAGGACUCGAGACUUGUAACGUAAACACUAUAUAUACCUUAUAGUAGUCCGUAGAAUUUGCAGUUAGGGAUUUAGUGGUCCGUGAGGUUAAAAAGGUUGGCGACCGCCGCUCUAAUCGACCAAACCGUUCGUAGCUACUUUGCAGUAAUUUACAGGAUUCGUCUGUGGUCGAUGCGUUUUGCGGAGGACGUUGUCUGUUUGUUAAUUCGAUGUUUUUUCGUUUUUUUUUUUUUUUGUUUUUUUAAAUUCCAUAAUAUUAGUACUUUUGUUGAUUAACGAGGGAAAUCGAAAUUUAUAAAACGUCGGGAAAACGGAAAUAUUUAUACGCAACAGUGGUUUUUCAAAAAAAAAUAUCGUAGAAACUUGAACAUUUUCACGGAAUUCUCACGCGUGCGCGUUUUCUUUAUACGUGGUAAAAUUUUUCCAAAAUAUUUUUCAUCUUUAUCAAUUGUUUAUAAAGUCUAGUCGGAAAUUUGAUACCUAUAUCUGAAAUUUUCUAGUUAUUAUUUUUUCAAUUUAUGUUUAUAAAAUCGUUCGAAAAUUCAAUAAAAGUUUUUUUUUUUUUUUUACUAAUGAAAAAAACGUUUCACCACACACGCUCGCGCGCGCGCUGUUUCCAGCCAUACGCGCAAGGAUGAGUAAAUAAUACAAAUAUUGUAAUAAUUUGACACUCUAGACAUUUUAUUUCAGCAAUAAUAAUAAUAAUAUUAUCGCGGUCUCAAUAAAACACAUUUUUAUCUGUAAUAAAUAACUACAAACUAAAUUUUUUUUUUUUUUAUGUUUACCAAUAUUUGCUGAUAUAUAUUAGCCUAUUUUUAGUGUUAUUACUUAUUAUCAUUUCCGUAUAAAUUACCGUCGAAAAUAAUCUUUGAAACUUGAAUCGCGACUAUAUAAUAAUAUAAUAUAAUACAUAAUUAUGCAAUUACCCUGAUUUUAUCAAGUACAGGUAUAAACACUGUUUCGAUUGAUUAAUAAUACUGUAAUUUUUUUUUUUCGGUCGGUUUUAAAGGUCGAACUCCUCGGAACGUGUGUUCCGUCGUCGUUAAAAAUGUUCGCGUUAUAAACAAUCAAAUAAUGCUUAUUGCUUAUAUAACACAUCGUUAUUUUUUACUCGCCAAAAAAAAAAAACCACAUCUUAAUUUCUGUCGCGGUGGAGAGAAAAAUCGACUUGCCCGUUAUUCACUGCAAUGGCUUAUUUACCACAGUGACAAAUUCGAAUAUUGUUUAUCAAUCGCUUCUUUCUCCUUACUCCCGCCCACCGGUGGGAAUUUUUCCUGCGUUAUUUUUUUUCUUAUUAUUAUUAUAUUAUGGAAAAGAGGUGGUGGCACGUUUUCUACCCCGAGUGGAAGCGGCGGAACUUUUUCCUUUAAGUAACGUUUUUUUUUUUUUUUUCUUAUUAUAUUGGCGUAUUAACCUAUGUAUACAGUAGCAAAAGCGACGGCAUUUUCAAAGUGUCUCGAAGAAAUAAUUCUAAACACGUCCCCGGUUAUUCAAUCGGAUUUUAUAAUACGGUUUACGCGCGUCAGUCGGUUGGUUAACGUGACUCGCGACGUGACGUCGUACACACAGUACGAUAAUUCGACUUAAAAGUCACCCCUUACCCAACCCCGUAGUUACCUACCCCGUAUCCAUUCGGUUGCAGGGCCGUAUUUCGGAUAUAUCGGAGAGCUCGGGCCAACCUAUUGUGUUGGUCUUACCACGGGUACAGGGUACACGUUUAUUCCCGAUUGAACUUUUUUUUUUUUUUUUAUAUAUUACAAUUUAGCUUUUUUUCGGCGCGGGCCUAUGAAACUUAUUGCGCUAAAUACACGGCCCCCGGCCGUUAUUAAUACAUUUGACCCUUGUUCCGGCGGCGUAUACGAGUAGGGUACUAUUAUCGCGGAUUACAGAUUACGAAAUAAAAACGUAAAUAAAAACCCGUUCCGUGAUACCUAUAUAGUGGCUAUUGCCAUUCCGAACGCGUUGGACGAUCGCAAUGUUUAUACAAAUAAUCCGUUUUCGAAAAAUUGUCGACAAUACAAUGUAUCAAACAUAUUUAUGUUAUCUGUAACGAUUAGAAAUAAUAAAAAAUAAAAACUUUUCUGUUCCUUGCCCCGUUUGAUUAAAAUAUUUAAAUGUGAUAAUAUGUAAAGCGUUAUAUUACAUUAUAUUCGGCCCCGAUUAAAAUCUAGCGUUUUGUUUUCGUGUGCGUUCUCUUAUAAAACGCGAUACGAUAAUAAUAACAAUAAUAAUAAUAUUAUAAUGGUCCGUUAAAACAACAAUGGUAUCGUAAAGUAAAAUCGUUCGGUAUUUUAUUAUUAUUAUUAUUAUUCGAUUUAUUCCCGUCGCCACCGCUGAGUGAUAUGAUUAAAAUAUGUCAAACAGUAUAUUAUUAUUAUACACAAUAAUUUUAACAGCGGUGUUAAACAAAAUAAUUCACUAUAUUACAAUGGUUAAUAUAUUAUACAGAGUGUGGUUCACGAAUCGGCGCAGCGAUUAUUAUGCUAUCCGUAGUCUACCGGAAUCUACCCGUAGGCGCUUGGUUUUGAAGAAUGUCCAUUUCUCGGGGGAAAAAAAAAAUGUGUAACGUUUCGUAUUUAAACCAAGCAAGGAAGCUACUCAUUGUUUAGUGUUGUUUGAAAUAAUUACCAACUACUGAAUUGUCUACGAUAUUUUGCAGUAAAUAUAGAGAAUAAAAAAAAAAAAAAAAUACAGAAAAUUUCAAGAAAAUUAUAUUAUCAUCUGUACAAUAACUGCGAUCUCUAAAACUAUAGAAUACUCACGCAUUAUAAUCGUAGUGAUAAACAUUGCAAGUUUCUUAUCAGUUUCUGAUUUUUUGAAUUACCUGUAUCAAAUUUUUUAAAAAAUUUAAAAAUUAAAAACUUAUUAAAUUUACCACGUGUACUUUGCAAGACAUCCCCCCCCCGUCCAUGUACAAUAAAAUAUCUAGUAAAUUUAAAGUUGGUAAAUUUGAUUUUUGUUUAGUUUUUAUCAGUCGUCUAUUAUAUAUAAUAACAUUAUGAAAUGAUAUUAUUUACGUUACUUCCAAAUUGUACUCAUCUCUUUUUCUAUCCGUUUUCGGCUUCAAAUACCAUUUUCUGGCUCCAAUUGUCUCUUAUCGUUCGCCACUUCUUUCGGAUUAUUGAACCAUGUACAUAUCCAGAGAUGUUGGUGGUUUAGUCCAUCUAUCCGUACUUUUUGUUUCCACGUGCCCAGUAGUAUUUUUAUCUCUUGUAGGUUAAUAUUUUAUAGCCAGUAAGUCUUUCAUUUGUGCCGUUCGAAUCCUAGUCAGAUCAUUCGUCUUUCUUUAAGUGUCCAUCAGACUACUGAUAUCGAGUCCUCAUUUCCGAAAAAUUAUUUUAUUACGAUAUUCAUUUUCUACUCCAUAUAUUAUAUAAUGUUAUAAUAUAUUCAUGAACGCGUACUCGUUUUUCUUUCGGCCAUGAAAAUACACGCCGAGAGAAUUUUCUUUACGGAAUCGCCUGAGAUCUUCUCUCUUUUAACGUUGUGUGGUCCUUUUACGCAUGCGUGUAGAUAAAUUGUCGGUUUAACCGUUAAACGAUGUACGAACCUAUGUUGGCAUAUUUUUGUCGGAUAAUUACCGAUAGUUUACAUGCAAAUAACCAUCCUGUAUACGUGCGCAUACGCGUCAUAAUCGAUAAGACGAGAAAAAUGUCUGGAAAAAUCUAUACUGUAACACACAUACAAUAGUCGUGUGCGUGUGCGGUAUACUAUUGUUUGUUAAAAAUUAAAAAUAAAAAAAGUAUUAUUCAAUAUGAUUGUUCUCCGAAGUCAGAGUUAUUUAGAGUGAGUUAUUCGACGAUUUCAAUUUCGAUUAUUUCCUCCACUCUUUCACAAUUAUUCUAUUUGUUGCAAUUUAAUGCAAAACUGACAUGUCGUCGUCGUUAUUUUAUUCCACGGCAAUUGUACUUAUCUAUAAUAUAUCGGAAGAAAAAAACAUAAAAAAAAGAAAAACAAUAAUAUUAUAUAGUUAUAUUAUUUCGACGGUGUGAAAAUCGUCAAGAGAAAGUGGCCUGAAGAAGUCGUCGUAAAGAAAGCGGAGUUUUUCACGAAAAUUAACGAACAGUUAUAAUAACGAUGACGGUCGGACACGCGAAAACGUAUAAACGUGCAUUCUUUUUGUCGAAUUUCUACCAAAAAAUGAAUACUUGCAAUAGUAUCCAUUUUACAAUACCAUUUAUUUUGGACAUUUCCUGCGGAGAUUCUUUUGUAUCAAAUGGUCUUAAAUUCGAGAGUUAGUACUUUUCUAUGUGUAUAUAUAAUACAUCAUGUAUGUAUGCGGAUCGAUGCGAAAAUAGUUGAGGUCGAAUAAUUUCAUUACGAAUUUAACCAUUUUGUCGCCGGUGUGUGAAUAGUAUUUGUUUAACAUUGCACAUCCUCACAGACAAUGUAAGUACGUAAAUUAUGGGUUAAAAAUAAAUUCCGAAGAAAGUUAAUACUUUCCGAGAUAAUGAGUGUCUUAGUACGUUAUGUUAAUCACUCUGUAUACUCGUAUGUAUAUUUCAGCCAAGGUACAUGGGAAAAAUAUUUUUAUUUUUUUAUAUAUGGAUAUAGGUGUAUAUAGUAAUAGGUUAGGUUGUUGUUUCGCAGCGAAUAUUAUUUUAUUAUAUACAGAAUAGAUUGAAGGAAAUUCGUUCGUCUAUAAUGACUGAGCUCUGCUGUAGCUCGCAGUGUUUUUUUUUUCUUUUAAAAAUUUCGUAAAUGCGAAACAGAAAACGAAUCGGUGCCUGUUUAAAAUAAUAUUAAUCGAUCGUACAUAUUAUAGUCAAUUACGUUUUUGUUCCCCUCUCUCUCAACCCGCGCGUGUCUUUGACGACUCGGCGAGUUCGAAAAUUGACCGUGAUGCGAGAAAGUAUAAAUUGAGCUACAAUACUCUUGUUUAUAAUAAUAUUAUGCACGGGGGGGUCCCCGAAAUGAUAACAGAACUCGACGUCACGGAAACAUAAUAUUACCGUAUUGUUAUUGUAUAUGUACAGAGUGAUUAUUUCAUCGGUGAUACGAUCUUUAUAAAAAUUUCGAAUUCGAUUUCGGAGUGUUUUUUUUUUUUCCAGUAAUUUGAAGCGGAAAUAUAUAAUAUAUUCUUAAAUAUGUUUAGCGCAUGAUGGUGUUUUCAAAAUUUCAUCUGUAGCCCGUUCCAUUAACGCAUUUAAUAUAUCGACUUUUGAUACAUUUCAUAUUUAUAUAUAUAAAGCGUUUUAAAACCCUCGUUCGAAGAGAGAAAAGGUAUUUUUCUAAAAAAAACGCUCUUAUCUAAAAAUCGCGCAUAUUACACAAGGUAAUUUACUAAGCGUGCUUACCGCAUUUUUUUGAUUAAAUUUUGCAUGCGUUCAAAUUCUGAUUUUUGGAAUUUUUAGGUGUAGUUAAAGCCGAUUUUUUGAUUUUGAAUUUUUGAUUUUCGUCAAUUCGUCAAUGUUCCACUUUCAAGUUUAGGUAAGAGGAGAGUAGUGGAAUUUUUGUGAUAGCACGGAGUGCGGCGUUUUAUUAGUGCUCCACUACUCUCCCUCUACCUAAAUUUAAAAAUGGAAUAUUUCGUUAACGGAUUGACGGAAAUCGAAAAUGUGAACACUAAAAUGUAUUUUAAGUAAUACUCCAUGUAUGCAUUUAUUGAAGUUUUAAAAUAGGAUCUCAUUUAAAAAACCAAAAUUGGUUAGGUUAGGUGUGGUUUCACAACUAGGAUACUCUUUAAAUAUUAUGAAAAAUCUAAGUAUUCGAAAAUAUCGGCUUUACCUAUGUUUAAAAAUUUCAAAAAUCAGAAUUUGAAUAUAUGCAAAAUUUAACUAAAAAAAAUGGAAUGAGCACGAUUAUUGAAUCACCCUGUAUACCGUUUGUAAAUUAAUUUUACUGUAUUCGAAUUCUUCAUGGAGAAUAAUCAACUGGUUCGUGACAAUUGUAUAUCACUCUGUAAAAUAUGCGUGGUCCAGUAUAACGGUUUUAAUAACACAGUAUAGUUAAAAUAUAAUUGCCGAAUAAAACAGUGGACGUCAUGGCAUACAUUUACAAGUCGAAAUGACGAUAAAAUUUUUUAUCGUAAACGUUUUUCACGAGAUAAAUUUCUAUGUCAAUUUUGUCUAGGACCGGAUUAAGCCCGGGCACAUAGUUUUCAAUAGCUUUUCAUUGUAAAAACAUCCAAAUGAUGUAUCAUCAGUUCAUAAUCAAUACUUGGAAAUUAAGCUUGUAAAGUAUCUUAUAAUAUAACUUAUAAACUGUUUGAAUUUUUUGAUACAAAGUUAUAUUAUUUAAAACGUUUUAAAAUACAUAAUUUUGUGAUGCCAUUGCCCGGCCCUAGACACGUGCCUACAUCGCCUUUACGUUAAUCCUAACCCGACUUUGUCAAGAGUGUGUUACAAAAUAGACAAUUGUUUUAAUUUGGUUUAUAUCUGGGGCAUCUAUGGUGAGUAUUUUGUAGUAUUUUUGGAAAAUGUCAUCGAACUGACGGAUUUUAGGUAUUUGACGAUUUAAUAGUUUCGAUAUUUUUGUUUUUAACGUGUUCGGUCGGUUUGAAAAUGAAAAAAAAAAAAUUUAACCUAAAAGGUCAAAACGUUUAGAUUGUACGUUAAUUAUAUGUAUGUAUGUAUAAUAUGUGUGUGCUGUGUAUUUUUUACAGUUACACAAUUCGCCUAUAAGAAUAUUAUUAUUUUUAUUCGCGUUUCCCUUGUUCCACCCCCUAGGCGUAUAGAUAAUAUAUUAUAAAUCGUGUUUUUCGAGUGUGAAAACGUAUUAUUAAUUGUUUAAAACGUCGUCACUGCGGUGAAAGGUUAUUUUAUUAUUAUUUCCGUGUGCUAUAAUCGUUUUUUCUCUCAAAUUCGGGAUUUUCGUACGCGUUUUUUUUCGAUCAGGGCGUUUACAUAGGCACAUUAAUGUAUUGAAUAUAUUUGUUUUGAGGUUAUAUUUAGUGGAUUUUUUUUUUUUUUAGACUUCUAAUUCAAUACACAUUUAUGGGUGAUGUAAACCGAGAGAAAAAAGUUACACUUUUAUAUUAUUAUAGCAAGCAGUUGCGUGUAUAAAAUGUGUUUUGCAUAAAACGAUUAUUAUAAUAUUAUUAUAAAAUUAUUAUAAUAUAGAGAUCGAUAUCCGAUAGGUAUCUUCGAAAACCUUGAAAAACAAAUAAACCGUUUCCUCAAAAACGAUCAUAUUGUAGGUCCACGAGCUGCCCGUCCUCUCGUUUUUGCGUAUUUAUAAUAUUGGGAAUUAAAAACCGAUAACAAUUUCAAGAACGUAAUCGAUAAAAUAAUAUAUUCGAGAGUAAAAAAAAAAAACAAAAAUUAAAUAAUUAUUAUCGUCGCGCUGACGUGUGCCGAUCGGACGGGGUCCGGUUUUUAUCUCGUCCGCGGUCUGUGCGUCUCGGCCGGGCGACGCACGUGGCGCGCGUGUCCAAAAUUUAAGUGUAAAAAACGCGUUACGCAAGCCGGUCGCGAAAUCGGUUUUUUUAAGCAACCGCGACCGUUUCGUCACGUCGGCCGAAAAAACCUUUAUUUAGAAGAAAAAAAAAACAUUUUUACGACGCCUCCGGUCGACGCGAAUCGCACGGGUCACGCCAAUAGCUGUCGGUAUCGUUUCUCGUAUACGUUACGUAAACUAUUUGAUCUGCGGCGGUGAUGUUGUUGUUGUCGUUACGCAUCGUUCGCGGGAGCCCGUUUAUUUAUUAUUAUUAUUUUUUUUUUUUUCUGGCGGGACGCCAUCCUAUAUUACCGGGAACAAUAUUAUGCACUUUUUGAAAUUAUAUUAUACACAAACCAUUUUAUAGACGUUCGCGCGCGGUAUUCAAACGAAAAAGCAAACGAUAAAACCGUGUCUCUCUCUCCCCGUGACUUAUUCCUAAUGAGUAAUAUAACAUAUUUUAUAGUAAAAAAAAAUAAAAAUAAAAAUAAAAAAAACGAGUUUCGUUUCGAAAAUACCGCCUAAACCCUGUGUCGACUGUGGUGGUGGUUGGAUUUCGGAUAUCCGGCUUCGAGGUGUACGCCCGGGGACCCCCGUUCGUCCGCUUCUGUGACGUGUUGAAAUUUCCAGACCUCGAAGCUCGGACAAACACUUCCUCUUACGGAUAAUACGAAAUGGCUGAUCAUUUGCGACACGAACGACGUAUUCUGUUGACCCAACUGCACCGUUAGGUAUCGUCUAUGGUAAUCAUUUUUUAAAGUGUUUUUGGUUACCAGUAGCUACAGGCAAUGAUAAAUAUUUGAUAACAGAGAAAUUCGGUUUGCCUGUUGAAAGGAUACAAAAUGGAAACUUCAAUUUACUUGGGAUGUUAUUUGGGUGUCAUAUAUACGAAUACAACCACGGGUCCAUAUAAGAACAUUCACCGCACUUCUUUAAAAUUACUCAAAAUUAAAAAUUCUCGUUUACCGCCCGGAAAGUUGAAUGUUGUUAGGGUAACUGGGGUUAAACAAAUCUAAUAUUAUUAUUCAGAUAUUGGAAAGCGCGUUCAAUGAAAUAAUAUUAGGAGGAGCGUGCGCCAAUGUUUGGAGAAAUUCAUAAAAUACGAUAUAGGACGUAAUUCAUUUUAUUCUAAUAAGAGCGUCAUCGUUCUGAACAUAAAAAAAAACUUUUUUUCGAAAUAACGGCGAUUUAGCGUGAAACAGAUGAUAUUUAUAGAAAUGAAAACUACGACUUUAACUUACAGUAAUAUAGGUAAUUAAAUAUUAAUUUGAUCGAAAAGUUAAUUUUUAAAAUAAAAGUUACAUUAAUUUCGAAUAUGUAUGUACUAGUGUUGGACACGACCGAUUAGUUUUAUUCAGUUAUGCAAAAAAAAAAAUACACGUUCAAGUCAAACAUUCGUUAGUAAUCUAUCGAUAGAAUAAACAAUUGAGGAGUGUCCAUCAUAUUAAUAUCUCUCGUGUCGUUCGUGUAAACCGAAAACCCAUACGAUUUCAGUGAUAUUACUGUAAUAAUACAUGUGAUCCGGGAUCCGGCAUCGUUUUUCAAUUUAUACGAAUGUGAAUUUGAAUAUUUCGGUCGAUACAUUUUAAUGCUUUUCUGAAAUCCCGGUAAAAACUGCCCAUACUCGACCGCCUUAGAUUAUCUCUUGUGUAUUAAAACGAAUUCAAAUUCCCUACGUAUAAUAUAAUAUAAGCUUAAUGAUAUACACGGAAUAUAUUACAAUAUAUUAUAUUCCGUGUAUAUUUUUUUCCGGAUAAAUAUUAUUGUUCAUAAUUAUAUAUAUACGGACAAAUUAAUGUACGCGGUCGAUGUUUUUAUCUCGCCGUGACAUGGUUUUUUUUUUGUUUUUCUUUAAACUGACGAUUUAUAAAAUGUAAUAUUAAUUCCUAACAUCAUCGACGUAUAGCGGAAAAUGAAUGCCGAGUGCGUCAUUUUUUUUUUUCGCAAUAAUACCUACGGCAGCGCGCGACGAGAGGGUUUGUUAAAACAGUUGGUGUUUGUACGACAAAAAGCUUGUUUACUGCCGACAACUACGCAUUAUAAUCGCUGCGAACAUCAUAUACACGCUCUAUUACAAAUAUAGAAGCCGACAGUUUCUUUAUUUUUUUUUUUUUUUUUUUUUUUUUUUUUUUAUUUGUCAAUUUCGGUUUUGUGCCAGUGAUAAUUCGUGAAAUCCGUCGAAAACUGUCCGACUGCGACGACUCUUUUUAGCCUUUCCCGGUUAAAAGAGAUCUGUUUACUAGGGCCCCCGAGUCCUCUAAUAAAAAAAAAAUACCUUUUUAAUAAUUUAAGGGGCUUCUAUACAUAUUUGUUUUUUCUCUGUCUGUCUCGCGUGCGUCAUGUAGCGACAAAUGCAUUUCGCACUUCAACGGUUGCCAUUCUCUGGUUGAGUUUAGAACUUAUACAUUACUCAUACAUUUUAUAAAAAAUAGUAUAUAGGUAUUUACUAUGCUUUGGCCGAAUGAUUUUGUAAAUAUUUUAAUUUGUUAAUAAGUUAUUAAUAGUUAAAAUUAAGUUAAAUCAAAAUACGCAUUUUCACGAUAAAAAUGAAAAUAUUUUUUAAAAAUGCAUCCUGCAAAACAUAGUAAAUACUCUUUUUUAAUAUAUAAUGGAUAAUAAUGGGUCUCUUUGACCUAAACUCAUCCAAAGAGUCAUAAUCAAUCGUUAAAGUGCGAUGCGUAUUUGUUGUUUUACUACGCGCGAGACAGACAGAGAAAACAAAUUAUUUGUUUAUUAUUAACAAACGACUAUACUAGAUUUUUUUAAUAAAUUACUUAUACAAUAUUAUCAAGUACAUAUUUCUAUGCAGUUUAUUAUCCCGCUAAUACAUUUAUGCAAAAUUGUUUUUGGAUGUUUAUUACCACUUAUCGCCCAAGGCCCAAACUACUACCGAACGGGUUGCUGAAACAUUGCAUAGGUGUAGUUCUUAUACCAGAAAUAACAUAUGCGUUAUUUCCCCCCCAUAUUCAAACACUCAAGGGAGUGUGAUAUACAAGGUUAUUGAUAAUUUUAGUACGAAAAUCGGUUACCUUGGUGAUACCGACGAAAUAAAAAAUAAAAAAAAUAGACGAUCAUACUUCGCACCACGGAUAUAUUAAGUGAUUGUAGGUGAGAAGUUGGGAGGGUGGGGUAUAAAAGGGAAAUUAAUUUAUAUCUGUACGCAAAGAUCAAUCGUUGCUAAUGAAAAACGAUUCUGAGUGGAACUCGAGUAAUAGUAUAGCUUUUACAACAAUGUGCGUUUUUGAUUUUUAUGAUUGUUUAAAAAAGAUUAAAAUAAUAAUGAAAAAUAAAUGUCUUGUCAUGGUUGGAGCAAGAGUUCUAGGAGAAAAGUUGUUUACAGACUGAAAAAAAAAAUACACAUCAUAGUAAAACCAAUAGAUCUCGCUAAAAAUCGAAAAGUUGAACGAGCAAAUAAUUAAUAAUAUGGUAAUUCGCGGAAAGAUCAUAUACGAUUGCCGCGAUGAUACUCACAGCGAACAGUAGUUACCAUAGGAUCCGGUAACUUAGUUCAUUGUUGAUAAGCUAUUAGCUGCUAACAAUUAGCGGCAUCUGUAGCAUAAUGAUAAUGUUCGUCUGAGCUAGUUUAUUCCUCAAAAAUAAAACGCAUAGAAACCUGCGUUGAAUGAAAAUCGUUUGUACAUUGUAUACCUCUGUGUUCCCCGACCCCCCAAUAAAAUCUCGCAAACCGUUUCCUGUGCGGUGGCACCGCAAACGGAACGGUCGACGGGAGUCCGGGACCGCGCGGACGUAUUUCGUGUUUUGACAUUUUGCCGGACGUGCGUGCCCGCGAAUUGGCCCGAUUACUUACUCGUAACACCCGAUAGACUCGUGUACCUGACCGUUGUCCCGAGACGCUAUACGCGUAUAAAAUGAUGCGUGCGCCGUACAGGUGGGCCGGGCGGCCGAUAGGUAUUUCAACGGUCAAGCGCGACCGCCGCGGGGGGGCGUCCAAUUUCAGACGGAUCGUGCCGGUCACCUUUCAAAUGAGUUACGUCCGCGGCGACGUCACAACGACGAGCGGCACAGAAAUACCGCAGCCACCGAAUAUCGUUAUAGGGGUCCCCAACGUGGUUACGAUUUGAUCGUGCGCCGCCAUAAUACAACAAUACAAUAUAUAUAUAAUGGCGAGUAAAUAUAUUAGUACAAGUAAUUUAAAUACAAUCGACAUGAAUGUAUUUAUCAAAUUCGGGUAGCAAUCGCAGGUUGUUAUAAAGUUACUUUUUAGAUUUUUAUUUUUUACGCAGAUUAUCAUUAUUAAUUAGGUACUGUAAUAAUUUAAUGUUAACGUAAAAAAAAAAAAAAAUCUUCACGAAAUCGUAAAAUCGUUGAAAGCGUCAACAUAAUUUGGAAAAAACGAAUAAUAAAAUAGAAGUUUUACGGUCGAAAAAUCGUAAAAUGGUACGUACCAGGAGUACGGCAAUCGGCGCCGAAACGUCGACCUCAACCCCACAAUCCGAAGAAAUCCAACGGCUAAGAGGUACUACCGAGUACAAAUUUACAAUGAACCUUAUGCCAAAUUGUCCCUCUUUUAGCCACGGAUAGGUUCGCUGUACCGUUGUGAGGGAACAAAUCUUUAAACACUGAACUUUAACGCGGAGUUGUUUUCUUUAGAGUUAACUCUUGUGACCCCGGAAAAUGGCUAUAGGUUAUUGAACUAUACUGAUUGUUAUGCUUAUUGUGUGCAACGAUAAAAAAUAAUAUUAUGCAUAUUUUUGUUUCGCUUUUAUUGCUAGCGAGGCUUGAGAGAGCCGAGGGGCUGUGGGAAUCCGGAUUUCCCCCCUCCCCCCAAAUUUUUACCAAAACUCUUAAAAAUCGUAAUUAAAAUAAUCUAAACAAUUACCUAUCAUUUUAUUAUCGAUAUCUGAAAUAAUGUUUGUCAGUGUAUAUUAAUGGAUAUAUAUAUACAUAUAUUUGGUUCAUAUUAUAGUUAUUAAAAUUAAUUCCUACUCACGUAAACUUACGGUGAAUUUUCGAACGCAACCCGUGUUGCACCACUCGGGAACUCACCAUUCCCGAUUUGUCCUGUGUGUGUGUACAUGAUUUUUUUUUUUUAAUGAGAAAUCGUUAAACGCUCGUCCGCGUACACGUUUUGUUUGGAGUGUUUUACAAUAUUAUUAUAUAUUCCGAGAGACCCGACCUGCCUUGGUGUACGGCCGUUGUGUUUUCCUCGGAACGACAGAAUUACAUUAAAAACCCAAAACCCGUCGCUCUCUCUCUCUCUCUCUCUCUCUCUCUCUCCGCGGCUUUAAUACACCCGUAUUUAUAACAAUAUAAAAUACGAUAUUUUAUUUAUGGUCUAUAAACGGUGCCCGUAUUAUAGUAAAACUACGAGGGCGCUAAGACGACCGGUGAUGCUUUUAAAAAUAGAAGCGGCGCCCGGUUCAAGUGGUCCGCGUCGUGUGCUCGAGACGUGAAGACGAUAAGUCGGACAUUUUUCCCGGCUAAACGGAUGACGCGAUAAUAUCGUCGUUGUUUAUUAUUAUUAGUGGUAGUGGAUAGUAAAUGAUUUAUUUAUUAUUAAGGAUAAAAAUUAUUGUUUAUUAUGAUAAUUCGUGGUUUAAGUCGGGCGGAACAGUCGCCCGACCGUUUCCCUUAUAGCCAGUGAUAGGAAGGGGGUGGGGUGUUGACACCGCCACAGAACUUGAAAAUCGAGGCUGCCGAGUCGGCUAUUCGACGACAAUUUAAUUUCAAAGUCGAUGGUAAAAUUGAUAAUUUUGGAUUUAGAAAAGGUUUAAAUCACCGCAACCAUCCAUCGAUGUUUGACUUCGUUGAGUUUGAAAACGCAGGCAAAAAGUUGCGUUUUAAUUCAUAUCAGUGGCGUAUUUACGAAGAUGUUGGGGGAGAAUCAAACCUCCCCGUGAACCGUGAUUAAGCAAAUAAUUACAGUUAUCACGGUUGAGGAAGUUUGAAAUGCCGUCAAAUCGUUCUAAAUAGACAUACCAAACGGCACAAUUAUCAUAAAUUGUAUUAUUGCAUAGGCACUGUAUAAGUGAUAGUGUUCGGUAACACAUUCGGACACGUUGUGCAAUUAAAUAUUUUUUUCCUUCUUCAAUAAUAGUUGUCAUUAAAAUUUCAUUAGAAGAGGUCAUCGAUGAGCUAAGUUUGAAGGAAAUACCAUUAGAUUUUGUAUUUCAUGGAUAUUAGUUAAUAUUGUAUUAUUGUCUGUGAUAAAAAUUCCAAUUACAGUGUGUUCGGAUUAGCGAUAGUGUCAAUCGUGUCGACCUCCACGAUAAUUUUCCUGGUAAAUUGUCUUAAUCCCCCCUCUCCAUUAAAAAUUCCCAAGUACAGCGUUGAUUCAGACGUUAUAUUAUUAUUAUUAUUCAAUACAUUUUCCAAAUAAUGAUAUUUUAGGCUAAAAAAAAUUUUGAACGAUUUCGGGUAAUCGGGUAAUGGCAUCUGGACCGAAUUCAUCGCCUUGAAAACAUUAUGCAUAAUAUUUUACGGAGCAAUUUUUUUUUCACAAUACUUACUCCAAAUAUUAUAUUAAAAAAACGUUACGCGCGCCUUUGUUAAACCCGUACGUACACUAUCAUUUGUGUAAAUAUUAGGUUUACAAAAUAAAUAUUCGUAUACGAGUGUGUCGCGGGACAAUUGUCGCGAAUGCAUUGUUUGCGUUCACAGCGCAAUACGUAUCGCACCUAAUAAUUGAGCCUAUUUAUUCGUGACGUGUUUAUCGGUAUAAUAGUUUCGGUCGCCGACUGCCCCCGGAUAAAAACGUGUCGGGUUAUUGUUUGCUGGCAAUAGCAUUUUUUUUUUUUUCACUAUUAAAUGUCGAGACGAUAUUAUGUGUGUCGUUCUUUAUUCAGUCGAUUUUUAUAUGAAAUACACGUGAAAUGUACCCACCUACCUACACAUUUCUCAUGUACACUGAAUAUUAUUCUAUUGGGACACAUACAUUAUUAGCCUUAAACAAUGCCGAUAGUGUUUCUGCCGAUAAGUUAAUUUAACGGUUAAAAAUAUCGUUCCGACGUUACACUUCUGGCUCUAUAAUACCAGUCUCGAAACCAAAAUUUAUUUCACCCGAGUAUAAAGAGGUUUACAAUAUACAGAGGGUUUUUUUUUAUUUUUUAAUAUUUUCAAUGUACAGUUUCAAAUUAAGUGCUGGAAAGUGACGUUGCCUAUCAUAAACCACGGGAAUGAUAACGUUUAUUAUAGACAUUCGAUAUCGUUACCCGUGUUAAAAAUAGGUCAUUUCCCCCGGGACGCCUUACCUUUUUAAAAUUAUGAGGCGUCCGACUCGGUACUCAACACGAAAUAAAAUUAACAAUAUCACUAUUAUUAUACCACUUACUUUUUGUUUAAUUUUCAAACGCUUUACUUAGAGUAAUAAUUAAUAUUGUUUGGUAAUUAGAAGAGAGCAAGUACAACCUAUAAUAACUUGAUAUGUGAAUCUAGAAAACAAUUUGGGGAUUCACCCCUCCCGCUCCCCCAAACACGGCUCUGUCAUUACCCAAACCGUAGUUAUUAUAAUUUUCUAAAUUAAUCAACAUUUCCGGUAACAUAUAAAGGUUGUUAACUACAAAAUCCAAACGGAAAACAAAUUCAACUGUGUUGAUGACUGUAAUUAUUUUUUUAAGUAGGUUCUUAGAUUUCAAUGAUAUUUCUUAUAGUUACCUAUUGCGAAAAAAUGCUUUAACUAAGUAUCUACGUAAAUUAAUAUUUUCGAGAAAGUAAAAAUAACAAAUAAUUAUUUGCCUUUUAACUGCGAUAUUAGACCACGCAUGUCUUCGGUAAUAAAAUAUUACAAUAGAAAACAAAUAUCGGUGGAAAAACAUGAAAUUUGUAUUUAAUAGAUUUUUUCGGCUUUACAUUUUUUUUUUCUGGUCGAACGCCAAUCAAAUAUCGACGAUUAAUAUUGUACUUAUAUUUUAUACUUUGGCCAUUUUUUUAUAAUUUUUUUUUUUUCUAAGAAGACAUCUGUGUGAACGAAAUCCGGUCGAUCCAUUAAACACAUUUAGUUUGUCCCCCAUCGGGUUCCUAAUUAAUGAAACGUUAGGAAAUGUGUGGUGUGUGUUGUGGUGUGUGUUGAACCUCUAUACAUAAUAUUCGAAUAUAAACCGCGCCCGAAUUUAAACGACGAUAAAGUAUAUUAUUAUUAUUAUUAUAUUAUGUUCGUCCGAUCGUGUCAAAACAAAACGGUGCAGUGAGCGUCUGACCGGAUAAAAACCUAUACAUCGUGUUUUAGAUUUUGAACGUAGCGAGUAAUUUUAAAGUGAUAUAUUUUUUUGAGAAAUCUUGUUCCGAUCAAAAACUUUAUAGGAACUUUCUGGUAACCAAAAACUAUGUAUUUGCAUAUUACUUUUUGUCAACAAAUAUGAAAAAAAAAGUAUGAUAAACUGUAGCCGAUUGGUGUAUCACUGUUAUAGGAGGGAAAUUAAAAGGUUGGGUUAACUAAUGUUAAGUUAUUUAAUUUAUAUCUGUGCGUAACAAUAAACCACUACUAACGAAAAACGAUUCUGAGCAGAAUAAAUUAUGAGUCGUACUAUUUCCCUUGUGGCCAAAGUAACUCAGAAAUCAACAAAAAUUAUUCCAAAUUUUUCCGGUUUAUUAAGUAAAGAUAUAUCAUACUAAGUAUCCCUGUAUUUUAUUAUUUAUUUAUUACGCGAACAUCUAUAUAGUACAUUAUGAAGGAAUGUAAUAUAUUGGAUAUAUCGUGUUAGAAGUUUAAUAAUAUAAUAUAGUUAUUGUGUUAAACGAGUUAAUGGAAAAACACUAUUUGUUUAUUUGCUUGUUUUAGGCUCACGUGGUGUCUGCAUUUGAGCAAUCACUAUCCAAUAUGACCCAAAGACUUCAACAAUUAACUGCUACAGCUGAAAAAAAGGUAAAUAUUCAUUUUAUUUUAAAAAUAUAUUGCAGGUAAUGUUCAACAAUAUUUAUUAAAUUUUAUACCUAUUGUAUCACUUUUAGGAUCACGAACUUCACGAAUUGCGACAAACGAUCGAGGUGUUGAGAAAACAAAGUGCUGAUUCAGGAAAUCAUCAUCCAAAUGGUAAUCACCAAAGACGACAUACAAUUAAUUCCGUUGCUGAUUCUAGCACCGGUAAGUAUUUGUUUUUUAGUGAUACACCCGUAGUAUACCAAAGCACGUAUUAUUAUCCCAUAGACUUUUAAACUUUUGUCUUUAGGCAAUAACAUUUCGCGUCAACUGUCGACAGAUUCGGUUUCGAGUUUGAAUUCCCUAUCAUCGGCAUGCAGUGCAUCGAGUUCAGCACAACAAUCAGAAGCCGACAAGAAGAAGAAAAGAGGAUGGGUACGACCAAAUAUAUCCGUAUGAUGCCUUAAUUAAAGUGAUUGGUGCUAAAAAAACGUAUUUAUCUGUUAAAAAAUGUUUAUACACCACUACGUUUUUCUAACACUGUCCAAGUUUAAUUUUCAAAUAGUAUACAUUUAUAAAUUGUUUUAUUCUGAAUUUUAGUUACGCAGUUCCUUCAGCAAAGCUUUCUCACGGUCAAAAAAAAAUCGUAGCAACUCUCUAUCGGACGCCGAAGAAGCACAUAUUGCUCGAAAUCAUCAAAAUGCUUUUCUGUCAGAUUUGUCCGCACCUUCGUCACCAAUGCUUAGCACUCCGCAUAUGAAUGGAUUAGGAUUAAAAAAUAGUCAUUCAUCCACUACGUAUGUACAUGACUAUAAUAAUAACCACUGAAAGAAUAAUAUUUUAUUACACAUUUGAUUUUUAGGAGUUUGUACGAUUGUGAUCGUGCAGAACAUGACUCAAGUCCAGAAAUGGUUGAACAGCUCAGAAAACAACUUCGAGAAAAAGACCUUGUUUUAACCGAUAUUAGAUUAGAAGCCCUAAGUUCUGCUCAUCAACUCGAAUCUUUAAAAGAUACAGUCAUUAAAAUGAGAGUAUGUAAAUAAUGAAAUAAUUUUAAACCUUUCAGUUUUUGUAAUUAUUUUAAUUUACGUGUAUUUUUUUUCCUUGUAGGAUGAAAUGUUAAAUUUAAAACAAGAUAAUGAAAGACUACAAAAAAUUGUCACUAAUCAAUCUCUUCAGUCCAGUUGUAGUUCCUUGCAGUCUCCACCAACAUCAAAUAAUGCUCAAAGUGUGUUUUGUUAAUAACAUGUUAUAGUGGUCUUGUAUGUUGUAUAUGUUAUAUGUAUUUUUUUAUUAGGCGAUGAAAUGGCAGAGACAUUAUUAACAUCAUUAGAUUCGGACGCAAUGUUGAUCCAAGUUAGCGUAUAUUUAGGUAGCCAUGGCAGUUAUACCAAAUUUAAAGAAAAUAAAACCAAAGCAUGUGUGAUAUCUGCUUUACCUAUUUCCCCAAAAUCAAAAUGGGAUAUGGUUGAUCAACUUGUCAUUAAAGGAUUUAAAGUAAGUAAUUAUUUUAUAACUUUUAUUAGAUUUGAAAUCCCAACAGUUAUAACACAUGGCAUACAUGGUCUAUAAUUAUUUGUAAUAAAUCAUAUAAAAAUAGUAUUAAUCUUGAAAAUUAUGUAUUUUUUUUUUAGGAUUAUGUAGAACGUAUUGAUCCUAUGACCAAACUAGGGCUUUGUGUUGAUUCUCUAUGGAGCUAUCACGUUGAAGAUAUAAUUCGAUAUAUAUCUAAUACGACUGAUUAUAAACCUCCUGAAAAAUCACCAUACGAGUGUAUGAUUAAUGGGUCAAAUAUAUUUAUUUGUCUUAAAGGUGCUAUGCAUUCCUCUGGUAGUCUAGACGCUUUAGCAUUUGAUACCCUUAUACCGAAAAGUAUUCUCCAAAGGUAUGCAAAAACAUAUUAAGCUUAAAAAACAAUUCUCAAAUUUCAUACUAUUAGAAAUAUAAAUGUUAAUAUUAUUUAGACACUUUUAGAAUAGCUAAAUAAAGUUAUAAUUUUCUGUAUUUCAGAUAUGUCUCUUUAUUAAGUGAGCAUCAUAGAAUAAUAUUGUGUGGACCUAGUGGUACUGGCAAGUCAUAUUUAUCAAAUAAACUUGCAGAAUUUUUAGUAAUGAAAAUGGGAAAAGAAUGCAAUUCUUCAACUAUUGUUACUUUUAGGUUAGUUCUAUUAUAAUAAUUAAAAAUCUUUUAAAAGACUUAUUUGUAUGUUUUAAAUAUUUUCAGUGUUGAUGAGACUAAUAAUAAAGAUUUACAACAGUAUUUAUCCGAAAUAUCUGAUAAAGCUGAUUGUGAUCCAUCCCAAAUUCCAUGUGUUGUGAUUUUAGACAAUUUACAUAAAGCAUUGUCUUUACCAGAUGUGUUCAAUGGUUUUCAAAGUCCUAAAUGUCCAUAUAUAAUAGGAACUAUUAACCAAUCAACAUGUUCUACAACUAGUCUUCAAUUACAUCACAACUUUAGAUGGGUAUUAUGUGCUAAUCAUAUGGAACCAAUGAAAGGAUUCCUUGGUCGCCAUUUAAGACGUAAACUUGUAGAACAUGAAUGUCGACUUGGCCAAAGAAACGCACAACUAAAACGAGUUGUAGAAUGGAUACCUGAAGUUAGGAAUCAUUUAAAUCAGUUGCUUGAGACCCAUAGUUCAUCUGAAGUUACAUUAGGUAAUAUUCAAUUUUAAAUAUAAACUUGAAUAUUUUGUUAUUGUUAUUAUUAACAUCUCUGAUCCUUUUUGUUUUUAUUUUUAGGUCCUGUGUUAUUUGUUACAUGUCCAAUGGACCUGGAAACAUCUCAAAUGUGGUUUUCAGAUUUAUGGAACUACUCAUUAGUUCCAUAUGUAAUGGAUAUGGUUCGUGAAGGAAUCAAGUUGUAUGGAAAAAGAGCAGCUUGGAAAGACCCAGCUUCAUUUGUGAUUCAGUCAUAUCCUUGGUCUAAUACUAUGCAUAAAACUUUAGAAUCGUUCAUCAGAAUACGGCCAGAAGACGUUGGCUAUGACAUGGAACCAGAUCACGAUCCAUUGGUAUACAGUUAAAUUUUUUACUUUAACUUAUUCAUUGUUAUUAAUUUAUUUUUAUUAAAUUUAGUUAAAUAUGUUAAUGACUCUUCAAGAAGCAGCAAAUUAUUCUAGUCCUCAAAAUGACACUGACAUGAGUUUGCCUAAUAGUAAUGGAACUUUAGCAACAUUGUGAGUGCACAAAAAAAAUGCAUAUUAUAUUUAUUUGUGAUUGUAUUAGUUUUUAAAUAUUACGUAUUUUCCAAAGAUAAAUUUUGGUAAUUGAGUCCCAAAGACAUUAAGUUUACCAUAUAGUAUAAAUAUUAAAUGCCAAGUAAAUGGCAGUAACUUGUUUUCAUUAAUUAAACUUUUGUAAGCUCAACAUUUUGUACGAACCAAUUUAUUUUUCUAUUUUUAAUAUUUCAGUUCAGCACAGACAAUAAUUUUGUUUUUAUACGCCUAAUGACUGCCUUUUUUUAGUUUUGAUAUCAAUGUAUAAUACAUUAUAUGUAACAAAACAGACAUUCAAUGCUCAAAGUCAGUCAUAAUAAUUUUUAAAACAAUUCAAUAUUCAUUUUGACAAUAUUAAAUUAUUAAAUUUAUUCUCUUAUUAAAACCGUCCUUAAAUACUUUUAAGUACUUUUGUAACAAAAAUAAAAAUAUACUAUACAUUUUAACUGUAAAAUUAUUUUAAUUUUUUGUUUUAAUUACAUUUGUUUUAUUUAUACAAAAUUUAUUUUAUUGUUUAUUUGCAAGUUUAUUAUGAACUAAAUUUAUAUUUCCUGGUGCUUUCUCUUACUAUAAUUGAUUUGCUUACAAUCAUUUGUUAAUAAAAAUGUAUAGAUAAUUACCUCGCUUAAUAUACUGUUAUUGUUAAUAUUAAAAAUGUAUUUGUAUAAUAUUUACAGAUAUUAUAAAUAUUACUUAUUAUUUAAUAUUUUGUAUUAACAUUUUUUUUUAUAUAUAUAUAUAUAAAUAAUAUGUAGUACAAAUUUUUAAUUUGUUAAUAAAAGAAAGAUUAAACUAUGAUAAAUUAAUAAAUUAAAUUAUACUUUCUUCUCUUAUAUUUUUGAUAGCUGGCUUGAUUUUUUUUUUUUUUGUUAAUGGUUCUUGAAUAAGUUGCUACUAUACUAUUUUUUAAUAUUUUUCUUUAGCCUUCCUAAAAGAAAAAUAUAAAUUUUAAAUAGUAAUACAAAUAAU